GCAGUGGGAGGCGAGCGUCCUGCCCGGCCACGUCUGCCGGGUCCUGCCGCAAGCGGCUGUGCUGAGGAGAGCCUGGCUGAAGAGGCCAGCUGCUCGGCCCCAUGGGCUGCUCCACGCGACCCUCGGCGGGGCUGCGCCGGCGGCCCCUGCUGCUGCUCGCGCUCCUCCUGCUCGCGCAGCGCGCCUCGGCUUGGGAGAGCGGAGACUUGGAGCUCUUCGACCUGGUGGAGGAGGUCCCGCAAAACUUCUACGUCUUCCUGGGAGUUGAGCAGGUGAGGGGAGGCAGCGCCAGGAGGAGACCCCCCCCCCGGGCGGGCGCGGGGUCCGGCGCGGCCCGCCGCUCCUGCUUCCCUUCCGGCUGGGCCCGGCUGCGACCUCCCCUGAAACCCGGGGCUCGGGCCCGGAGCGUUUGGGGCGGCCGAGAACCGGAACCAGAGGGUUCCUGAGCAUAUGCAGAUAAACCUCUCGGGCGGCUGCUGCUGCUGCUGCCUGGCUCUGCGUUUCUUGGGGGGAGGUUUGUGAAGCAGGUCUAUAGUGUGAGUUAUAAAGUUGUGUUCGUGUGUUUUAAAAGUAUGCAGUGCUGCCUCUUCUACCUUUUGCAGCUUAUUUGUUGCCCACUCACCACCAUUUCUCCCUGUGGCGAGGAAACCCAGCUUUCCUUGACCUCUUCUUCUCUCUCUCCCAUUUAUUCUCCUUUUUGAUGUUUGGAUAUUUCCCAUCGAUACCUCUUCUAAAGGUGCAGUGUUCUGUGUUUGGAUCCUGCAGGCUCCAUUGUGCUCUUUCCUCCUUCCUUCCACCUUUAUGUUAAAAUGUGGUUGCCCCUUCUUAUCUCACUUCUUUUCAUCCCAAACCCCUGUAGGAGACUUCCCCUUUUCUUUCAAAUCUAGGCCACCAAACCUGGAAACAUCUUCUAUUCUCCCCCCCCCCCGCCCCACUGCUUUUAUGGUAGUGGCCCUAUUUCCCUUUUUUUUUGAGACUUUUUUUGCACCCUAAACCUGUCCAGAUUUAUGAGUGAAAACUUACACGUUUCCCUUACGUUUGUGGAGGAAGCCAUGUGAUGCAUGCUUAUUUUCUGGCUAUUUCCAUCUAACAUUCUGAAGAAUGGGCUGCUCCCAAUAUUCUAAUUGUCUGUUCAUUAACAUUGCCUUCAGAGGCCUGUCACUGUGUGUUUUGUCUGGUGGCAACUGGACAUAGGAAUGGUAUCCCAUCUUUAGAGUUGCCUUCUCAGAAAGGCCUGUCUGGCACCCUUCCUUUUAACAUCUUAGCUGUGUGUUAAAAGUGAUUUUCUUUACCUUUAGUUUUUAAUCAACAACAAGAUGUUGCUGCUGUGUUUGUGGCACUGAUUUUAUUGAUACUUAUUUUAUUUGGUAGUUUUGCUGACGUUUUGGUUUACUUAUAGUUGUUUAUCUUGAUUGUGUACUAACUUGUGAAGCCAUUGGAUUUAAAAGCAAGAUAUAAAUGCCUUAAAUAAAUAAAGAAAUGCAUUGGAUGUGCGGCUGCUAUUGAGCAGCUACUAGGGAAACUUAAAAGGUUCUCUUAAGUUUGUAUUAGGAAAUAGUGUCCAGCUAAACAGUAUUGUAAAAGAUCAGGUUAACUAUUCUGAAACAGAUUUGAAUGGAUUUUACGUUUUGUUUUUUAAAUAAAGACUGAUGUAGCAGAUCUGGCAGAACCUAGUCAGCAGGUGGCUCAGCUUAUUUCUGCUCCUGAUGUUUGGACAAGGAGUAGCUACUUUGCUUGAGGAUCAAAUUUUCCUUGAAGUUUGUGGUAUAAUUUCAAUUUGAAACUGGCAUAAUUGAGACCUAAACCUAACUCUGAACCGAAUCUAAUCAUCAUGUUCAGUUCUGAUUCAGACAUUAAUGUAAAAUGAUGAAAUAACUGGUUCAGUUACUAUGAACUUAUGCUUUGCAGAUUGAUAACCAACCCUUCUUGCGGAGUAAGUCCCAUGAGAGUGAAUAUAAUGAUGAAUACUUAACUAGAGAACUUUUUAUAUAUUUAAAACAUGGUGGCGGAUCCAAAGAACCAUGUUUCUUCAUCUGUCACUCCAACUGACCUUAAAAGGGAUCUCCCCUGAACAGCAUUUGUUGAAGCCUGAGAACUUGCAGUUGGAAGGGGAACUUGUAGAAGCCCACAUAAUUGCCAAAGUGCAUGCUUGAGGAUCAUUGGAUCUUGACUGUUUUCACACACAAAUGCCACAUCCUGUAGAAUUCUAUCAGUUAUAUUUUAUCAUUGCACAAUCAGAAUGAAUUUCAGGAACGAAAAUGCUUUUUCUGUGCAGCCUGAGCAGCAGCAGUGAACAGUUACUUAUUGUCUCUGCUUACCCCACUCCACCAUCCUGCUCACAGUUAUGGAGAAUAUUUUUACGUUAUGAAUGGUCUGUGUCACCAUUAAGAAAAAGAAGUAGGAAUAUGCCAGUAUAUUUGUGGACUGUCCCUGGAUCAGGUGACUGUUCUUCUUUAAGUUCUCAAAGUCCUUGACCUACCUCAAUGUUGUCAUAUGAACUAGCCGGAUGUUUAACUGAUAAUCAAUCACAGUUAGCCUGUCAUUUAAAAAAUAAGACUUUAGAGCUGUCUUGCCCAACAAGGUGCCAUCUAGAUGGUUUGUACUAUAACUUCUGUCAGCUUUAGCCAAUAUUAUCAAUGGUCACCUAUUUGGGGAGCUGUGGAACUUGUUGAGUGGCACUAUUCUUAUUCGUAUUAUCAUUACUAUUUACAUUUAGUAAAUUUGUAUACCCCCUUCAUCUGUAGAUCUCAGGAUGGUUCACAACAUAAAAUUACAACAUGAAAACCAACCAUAAAAUAAAUACAUAAUAAAAAGAUAAUGGAAAACUAAUUUCCCUCUCCCACAAUACAUUUAAGAGGGAUUUGGUUGUUAAUCAACCAAAGGCCUGGUUGAAGAAGAAUGUUUUUGGCUGGCACCUAAAGGCAUGCAAUGAAGCCAUCAGUUGAAUCUCCCUGAGGAGAGCUUUCCACAAAUGGGGAGUCAGUGCAAAAAAGGCCUGUUUCUGUGUUGCCACCCGCCGGACCUUUCAUGGAGGAGGCACACGAAGAAGGCCCUCUCAAGUGUCUGAGUGGGUUCAUAUGGAAAGAGGUGGUCCUUUAGGUAUUGCAGUCCUGAGCCAUUUAAGGCUUUAUAGGUCAAAACCAGCACUUUGAAUUGGGCCUGGAAACUAAUUGUCAGCCCGUGCAGUCAGGCCAGGAUUGGUGUAAUAUGCUCAAACAAUCUUGCCCCAGUGAACAACGUGGCCACCAAAUUCUGCACCAGCUGAAGUUUCUGAACCAUUUUAUGAGGCAUCCCUAUGUAUAACACUGUUGCAGUAAUCUAACCUAGAGAUUUAAUCUAACCUAGAGAUUACCAGAGCAUAGACAAUGGUAGCUGGCUUGUCCCUGUCCAGAUAUGAGUUCAGCUGUUCCACCAGCCAAAGCUGAUGCAAGCUGAAAUAGGUUGGGGAAGGCUGUUUUAAAGAUUCCAAUGCAUACACAGGGCAAAAUGCAACCAAUUAGUGUAGUAUGGUGAUUCUAAUUUGUGGGGAAGUGGGGGGGGGGUCAUCACAGUUCAUUUCUGGAUUAAAUAUGAAGAAAAAUAGCCUUUCUCCAUCACUGGUGGCAUCAUUGUCAAAUCCAGCACCAUAUGAUGGCUGUGCCAUUUUGCCUGUUUGAUAAUUUGGCUCUGGUCGAAAGAGCCUUGAACUCUGUCAUCAGAAAAAUAGUGCAAGUAUUAUUGUCUGUUCCACAGUCUUUCCAUGGACUACCUGAAUCGAGCUCACAGAUCAUCAGUGGUUAACAGAACAAAGUAUGAGAUUAGGGAUGAGGUACUACUUGCCCCAAGAGAGACUUGAGGCAUAUUGUUUGCCAGUGUGGUGUAGUGGUUAAGAGCAGUAGUCUUGUAAUCUGGGAAACCGGGUCCGCGUCUCCGCUCUUCCACAUGCAGCUGCUGGGCGACCUUGGGCUAGUCACACUUCUUUGAAGUCUCUCAGCCCCACUCACCUCACAGAGUGUUUGUUGUGGGGGAGGAAAGGAAAGGAGAAUGUUAGCCGCUUUGAGACUCCUGAAGGGGAGUGAAAGGCGGGAUAUCAAAUCCAAACUCUUCUUCUUCUUCUUUUUUAUUCAGGAAGUAGCUGCUUGGCCUGGCCGUUCUAAGAACUGGAUAUUUCCCCUUCUAAGCUAUGCAAAUAAGGGCUGGCUCAGUUCUCAGUGGCUCCCAUUCAGACUGGGACAUGGUUGAGGGUGGAAUAGAGGCAUCUUUCACUCCAGACACAAGGUCAUCCAUCACCUGAGCAGCAGCAUCUGAGUAAACCCAUUUACUUUCUCUUAUAUAAAUGAAUGACUGCUCUUCAUUCAUAGGGGAGAAAAAUAAAGUGCUGUGCUUGAGGACAAAUCUUACCUAGUUUAUGACCCUGUGGCUUGAUGUGUCUUUCUGCACAGAAAUAUGCUGCACCUGUGGGUUCUUCAAUAUACAGGCCUCUUUCCCAUGCAUUCCAUUGCUCAUUAUAAUGACAAGCAUUUCAGUAGAAACAAACAGAUUGAUCUAAAUCCUAUACUCUCUCUCUCUCUCAAAAAUGCUUUAUUUUAAACAAACUAAUUUAUUGUUAGCCCUUCUGCUAGAAUAUGAAUAAAUGGAGGAUAAUUGCUGCACCUUUAGAAAAUUAACCUGUGAAGUAGUUCUGUUACCUGGAUGUACAUUUAAACUACGUGUGAGCUGAAAUGCAACUUCUAAAACUUGACCAAGCACAUUUUAUAUAUGAAGAAUACAAAACAAUAAAAUCAGUCUGUUUUCAAGGACAAUGCAGAUGUUGUAUUGUUUAGACCUGAAUAACUUUUUCAGAACUUGAUGAUGACAUCUGCUUGGUCUGUAGCUAUAGCAACUCCUCAAUGGCUUCCUUUCUAAUUUUCACAUAGAACUGACAUUUUAAUAGCUCAUUCAGAGCACUUAAUAACCUUAUGACAAGAAGCCCCUAAACAGAUCUGCAAUAGAUUAAAGAAAAAUCUGUAUAUGGGACAGUAGUUUUUUAAAAAUCCGCUUCAUAACUGGAGGCUUAAAGAUGAUAGUUCUUCUUACCAGCAUAUGUAAAGUAAUUUCUUAAACAAUUAAUAUAUAUUCUUUUCUUUUUUGCAAUGGAAAAACACCGAGUUCUUAUUGGAACUCAAUCAACAGAAGUUCAAGCGGUUCUUGAGGAUACUGAAUAACCUUUAAGCAAACCUAGACAUAAGUACCAAUUAGUCAUAACUUCCUUGGUCUCCAGCUGAUGUUUACAUUGUAUGAAGUCUUAGCUCUCCUCCUUGAGGCAUGGAGGAAGAUCUUAAGUUUUGUUUUCCACAUUCCACAUUUGUGAAAAUGUUCUGGCUAGCUCCCUGGUCUGUGCCAGUCCUAGUUCUUAGACAUGUUGACCACUUCCAUAGAAGAAGUUUUAAAUUGCCUUGGAGCUCUGCUUUAGGAUGUUUUUGUGAAUGUCUGAUAAUUCUUAAUGUGGAGGAGAGUCCUUUGUGAAGUGCACAAUUUGAACUGAAAGAGUAAAAACAAUGCAGCAUUUUAUCUGUAAUUGAAAAAGCGUUCUGUUAUAUAACACAAUGGUGGGAAGGGUGAUUCCUGUUGAAGGAAGAUUUAAUUUUCUUUCUUUGAAAACCUUUUGACAUAGGCUAUUUUGUGCAGAGCUAUCACCUUUUGUAUUUAGCUGUACAUUUCUUGUUCUGGGUAUACUGUCCCUGGUCAUUUGACUUGGUUGACUUGGAUAAGUGGUAGAGGCCAGAUAGCGUGAACAAGGGAAGGGUUAGAUUAAGCUCACUCUUCUACACCCAUGACCAAAUGUGAAGUUGCCUAAUAUUUGGUGUGUAAUCAAUUGCUGCUUUUUGAGAAUGUCAGUCUAGUAGACAUUGUGAAGUACUCCUGUAAGCAUGCUACUGAUUUCAUUUGAUUCUAACAUUUUGUCUGCCAAGAUCUUUUCUUGUUUCCCUUAGAUCUGCUAGUGAUCUUGCCAGUGUUUGGCCUUGUAGUGCAGAUUUCGCUCUAGGUGGGAAGGGGGUGGUGGUGGAUAGUUUUGCCUGAUCUCAGUUUUAUCAGGCAGCUUUGUAGACCUGAGUAGGUUAACAGCUGCACAUUCAACUUAUCCUUGUCCAAUGACAGCAUACACAGAAUCAGUUGCCUUGUCUGCUCCUGACGACUCAACGUGUGUUCUCUCUCUGAGAAAGAUAUGACAAAUCCAGGGAGAUUUGUCAUAUCUUUCUUAAAGCACUAAUGCUGGCUUGCUGUCAGUUCAAGGUAAGCAUGACUUCCAUUCUUUCCAAAUCCUCCCUGCAUCUUUCUGAAUUAUGCCCUACAUGUCAGGGUCGCAGCCUAGGUGUAAUCUUCUGACCUAGUGUGCCCUCUUUACCCAUGGCUAUUCCAGUGCCUUGUUCUGCUAGCUGCUACUGCAACUGAUGCAAGCUUUGCUUUGUUCUCGGUAAUGCAAAGCUUUAUUGGCUUUCUAGCUUGAUAGAGAAAUAUGUAGACUUGUGCGCAUCAUUAUUCUUGCACUGCAUGUCUGUCCACUGGUUGCAAAACCAAACACACACCUGCUUUUGCUAACCACAACAUUGCUGGUUCUAUAUAUUCUAUAUAUGUUUAAUAGUCUUUGGUGGGAUUUGUAGCAUCCAAUGCCUGUGAAUUCCUCCAAUUAGCUGUGUGAAAGAACUACUGCUUUGGGGUUAUGAUGGAAAGCAAUAGUGCACAUGUGAGUGGUUGCCUAGUAACUGCCUGCAUGAUUAAUUCCACCCUUGUGUGAUUAUGCCUCCCCUAUCCUGUGGGCAUGAAGCAGGCUCUAAACUGCGAAGUCACAGCCAGGGUGGCAACUCGGGAAUGAGGCUUGCUUUUGUUGGCAAUUUUUCCUGGGUCACCUUUAGUCUGAAAGUUGCGCUGUACUAAUUAUUAGCAUAGGGAGAAGUUUAUAUUUCCUGUAUUUUUCCACCUUUUUAUGGCGUCUUGGAUUAUCUUUGUUUUAACUGGCCAUUAGGAUAUAAAGUGGAGAUCAGUGAUAUGGGGUAAAAUGAAUUCCUUUAUAUAUUCUCCCCAUGGAAACUUUUUCCAUUUAUCAAAAUGCAUUUUUAAUAAAAAAUAAAGUCUAUCAUGAAUGGAUACUAUAUUUGUCAAUUUGAAGGGUAAUUUCAAACUUGUAAUUCUGUUGCUCCAGAAGACUAUUGCUAAGAAACAAGGUGAGAAAUGGACUAGUAUCUGCCCCAGUUGGGAGAGGGAGGGAGUGGAUUUACUUCCUCAUUUCUUCAGAACGGCUGAUGAACCCAAUUGCUGCAUUUCUAAGAGGGUUCUGGGCAUGCACACCUAAGUCAGCUACUGGAUAUGUCCUUAGUGAAUUCUGCUAUUCCAAAAUUUCCACCAGGGUAAACUUGGCAUUUUGUUCCUAUCCAUUUAACUGUUGAAGCCCUGAUCUUAAGUGGCACAGGCAACUUUCUUUCUCUAGCUGUUGUGUUAUCAAAACUACUAUUUCCAGCAGACUGGAUGAUUUCCAAUUCAGUAUUCCACUUACCUGAGUAGCAUUGAUGAGAUUUUUCUUUCUGGCUGUUGACACAAUGGAUCCCUAAUUUGUUUUUUUUUUGGGGGGGGGUUCACAUUACUAAGCUGCAGUGUACUUUUGCCUUUGUAGACUUUUGGAUUAAAUUUGGCCCCCAAGAAUUGCCAAUAUUUAAAAUACAGUUUAGAACAUUUGACGCGGGUGGCACUGUGGGUUAAACCACAGAGCCUAGGACUUGCCAAUCAGAAGGUCGGCGGUUCGAAUCCCUGCGAUGGGGUGAGCUCCCGUUGCUCGGUCCCUGCUCCUGCCAACCUAGCAGUUCAAAAGAACAUGAAAGUGCAAAUAGAUAAAUAGGUACCGCUCCGGCGGGAAGAUAAACGGCGUUUCCGUGCACUGCUCUGGUUCGCCAGAAGUGGCUUAGCCAUGCUGGCCACAUGACCUGGAAGCUGUACGCCGGCUCCCUCGGCCAAUAAAGCGAGAUGAGCGCUGCAACCCCAGAGUCGGUCACGACUGGACCUAAUGGUCAGGGGUCCCUUUACCUUUACAGAACAUUUGAAAAGGGAUAUGUGUAGAUUGGGGUAGCCAACAUGAUGCCCUCCUGUUAUUGGACUACAGCUCCCAUCCUACCUGAUCAUGGACUGGUUGAUGGGAAUAGUAGUCCAACAGCAUAUGGAGGGCACCAUGUUGGCUAUCUUGGGAUAGGUAGCCAAAGAAGAAACAUCUGCAUUAAAGUAGUGAUCUGUCUUACUGUAGACUUGCUCCUUUUGUUUAUACAUGGACCCCAUUUGGAUGAUUGGAAACUUAUUCACCUAGACAUCUCUAUCCCCAAUAGGAUGCUUCAUUGCUGUUUUCGGCUCUCCCCAUUCCCCAGAAGUCAGUUUAAAAUAUGCUCUGCAAUAUUUUUAAUAUUAUAAGCACCAUCUGUCUGUUUCCAUCUUUGGUUUCCAGUGAAGCCCAUUCCAGUACAGGGCCAGCUUAUCCCAAUAUGUUGUUCCCUAGUGCCUGACAAAUCCAAACCCUUCCAGCAAACACCGCCAUUUAAUCCAUGCAGCUUUACCUGUCUAGCUGGCCAUGCAAGUGGAACAGCUGGGAUUUAAAACAAGAGUUUUCUUGGAGGGUUUGCAUUUAAACUUCCUACCUGCCAGUCUCAAUUUUGCUUCUCUGGUUGGGCAGGAAAGAAGUGCCUUUGAGCUGAAAUCAUACUGACUCUAAAGGGUAGGUGGGGAAAGGAAACGAAGCAGGAGCAUAAUCCCAAAUGUCUGUGAAAAGGAUAUGUCAGGUGGGAGAGCAUAGUUAACUAAAAUGACACAGGACCGUCCUUCGAAGAAGGAUAAACGUGUUUGUGUAGUUCACAGGACCGCACAUUUCUAGCUACCUUAAGAUUUUUUAAAAAUAUAUAUUGAAUAAUAUAUAUAUAUAUAUAUAUAUAUAUAUAUAUAUAUAUAUAUAUAAUAAUAUAUAUUUUGUUUAGCAAUAAUGUUACUUGUAGCUGAGAGAUAUAACUUGUGUCGUUAUAUUUCUUAACAUAAUGUGUCAUUUCAUGGAUAACGCUUCUGUUUGUGGCCUGUGUGUGUUUCCUGAUGGGACACAGCUCGUAUGUUUUAAUACGUUAUUUAAGAACUGGAAACAAGUAGUUCUAAUUCAUCUCUAAACAGUGUCCUUAUACAUCUGUAUUAGCCUGACCAACCUGCCCUGACACUUUAAAGGAGAUGUCAUUUUAAAAAACAAAACAAAAAAACCCUUCAGUUUUGGCUUCUUACCACUUGAUGGCAGUGAAGGAGCUAAUGUUGCCAGGAAAGGUUCAGGGCAGGAUGCUAUUAUGAAUAACAAAAUGGGAGGUACAAAGGAAGUUUCUGACACUUUGAUAUUAUUCCCAUUUCCAGGCAAUUUUGCAAGUGACAGUAGUGGAGCAAAAGCCUCUAGAUGGAGCUUCAGCACUUCCAAAAGGGGGGAAGAGAGCUUGCCAAGCCUCCUUCAGGGGAAUGCUACCUAGUCUGCUUUUAAAACUUGUAUCAAACUUUAUUUCUCUUCUUCGUGUAUUUGGAUGCGUGUUGUAAUGAUAAAAGCUGUUCGUUCACCUAGAAGCUGUGUAGUUAGUCUGCCUUUCAAUAUAAACUCCUAAGGCGCAGAGCAAAGAUAAAACUAACUGAAGGAUAUAAUAAGCAGGAAGGGUACAUGCAACAGCUAAUAAAACCAAGUAGAUAUGUUGACCAAUAAAAAGCUUGUCUAAAUAAGCCGGUCUCUAAAGCCUCACCAGGUCAUGGGAUUUGGGGGGGGGGUGAUGAGGGAGACAGUUAAGAGCAAGGUAGGUAGAUUCAAGUGGUUAAAUGUCCAAACCACUUGCUGCAUUUCUGGAAAUACUCAGUAAAUUGAAUUAUUGUGGCUCUGACGAUCAUUUCCAUGGAAAAUCCAGGGGCACUUUACUACUUUGUAAAAGUUCUGCUCCCUCCCCCUGUAUUACUUUGAGGCUCACUGCUUUUCUUUUCUUCUUCUGUAACUUGGGGGCCACCACCGAAAGAGCCCUUUCUUUGGUGGCUGUCAACCUGGCAGUUUCCACCUAUUAUCACAGGGUGAGAAUAGACUUUUGUACAGUAGGUUAUAUUCCAACCUCUCAAACGUCAGAGGUUUCUGUUCCCCUCCCCCUCUCUCCAUCCUACAUCUAGCCAUGGAAGAAAGAAAGAAAGAAAGAAAGAAAGAAAGAAAGAAAGAAAGGUGUCAUCCCAGUUCAGUGAUGCAUUUCAACCUAGCAAAGGGAGGGGCAGGACUCAUGAAGGCUUGUGACUAGAGACUUGGCCUUGGGAGCCAGAAUGGAGGACCCGAGGUUUCCCACUCCUGUUCCAUCAAAAGGUGAUCUGUGCUAGAUCCUGGCGUGGAAAGAUACAUAUGGGGGAAGGUAUUCCCUCAAUAUAUGACUGUUCUAAACUCAAAACUAUGUGUCUCCAAUGCACAAAAUCUGUUUUAGAGCCAUUCUUCACAGCUAAAAAAUCAUCAGAGUGUGUCAUUAGAUAGCUAUCUAUUUAAUUGAUGGUUUUUCCUCCCUGAAUUAUUUUGUGAGGGAAGGCAAUGAAAGGAUUCGUCAGUUUAGGAACUGUCAGUGACAUGGGUUUUGGGGAAAUGUUUCCUAUAUGAAUUAGGGUAAUUUUAGGGAAAUAUUAGGAGUAUUAAUGGGAACUUUUAUCUGAUACCCUAGAGAACGAUCUAGUUUAACAUGUUUGUUGUACUAAAAGCUUUGAAACUGCAAAGCAUGCCUAAUUCCAUUUGACAUCCAUUCAUUGUUACUAACGAACAUAUGAUAUUGAAAGUUUUUGUGGAAAAAUAAAGCACUGGAAAACUUUCAGCUCUACAUCCUUGAGUACUGUACUAAAAGGCAUUGGGUGAAUAAAAGUUGGUGACUGCAAGGGAAAAUUUGCUUAAUGCUUUAGGAAAAUGUUAACUCCUUUUGCAUUUUUUAAAUGUGGGUUUUACCUUUCUACAGUAGAUGAAUUUCCUCACAUCAAGCAAACAAGAAGUGUUAUUGGAGUUCAAUGGCACAGAGGAAAACAAUCAAGGAGGGUUUAUCUGGCCUCAUGACACUCCCCAAGCCAAACACCCUCCUGAGCUACACCCCUCAAACAGCAAAAUAUUUGGGAACGCUUGUUAGGUCAGUGAUAUUAGGUAAUGUGGAAGAGUGUGUUAGCAUACAGAAGCCCCCAAGCAUUGGCCUUGUGUGAUAUUUGAGAGCCUUUCUGCAGUCUUCCCCACCGCGGUUCCCUCAGGAUGUUUUGUGCCAUAGCUCCUACCAGACCAAGGCAGGAUGGCUGGUGGUCAGAGAUUAUGGGAAUUGUAGUCUCAAACAACUGACAGGCACUAGGUUGGGGAAGGCUGCUCUAUUGCAGCAGUAGUCAACUUUGCAUCCUGAUAGUAAGGCAAGAAUGAUUGUUACAGUUUUUGGCAACAAGAAAUAAUACUCAGAGAAUUAUUGAGUUCCAUUGGCUUUGCGAGUCUCCAUGGAUGUUGGUCCGUGCCAACAAGGGAAUUGCAUCGUCCAGAAGAUUUUAUUUAUUUAUUACUUUUAUGAAAGAUCACAGGGCAGUUUACAACAUAAAAAUGCAAAAUGGAAACACAAAAUGCAUAACAUAACAACAAAACCCAAAGAUGAGACUAUGGUAGCUAUUACUCCAAGAAUGACAUAAUGUUUUAGACUGGUGCAAAACACUGAAGCAAUCAGUGCAAUUUAAACUCAGAAUUGUAAGUAAAAUGCUGUAUCAGAAUAUGAAUUCCAGUCAUAAAGUGGAGUGCCUCUUCUCUUGCUUUCUGCACCUGUCUUGCACUAGUCAAUUUUAUUCCAAUGCUCUUUCUGGAAAAGUUGCAUUCUUUAAGAAGAGCAUGUAACUAAUUUUAAUUUAUAGUGGGCUUUUGGCUGUUUCCUGGGUUGCCCUGCAGGCUAUUUCAGCCCAUGUGUAACAACUCUGUGAAAGAAGAUCACAAUACUACUUGCUUAGCUGAUGCUGUAUAAAUUGUCACCCUAAAUCAAAACUGUUCAGAGAUUUAUGACCAUGAAAUACUUGGUGGUGCUAAAUUUAGUGGUGGAAUAGGUAGCACUAACUUCGGGGUGUGUGUGUGUGUGUGUGUGUGUGUGUAAUGUGUAACAGAACUGGUUGUGCAAGUAUAGAAAGCUGAAACAUAUAGACUGGUUUUCUGUUUUGUUAAAAAAUAAUUCAAAGUCAUGUACGGAUUGGAAAACUGAUUAAAAGAGUACAUAAAAAUAAAAUCAACAGCAGGAAAACAAGUGGAGCAGCAAAAGAUCAAGCAGCAAUUAUCAGAGCCAGACUUUAACAGCCUUGCCAAUAAUUGGCUGGAAAAGCUUUCCUGGAAAAAAUAGAUUUUCCUAUCUGUCACUGACUUAGGAAACGGCACUUAGACCUGACAAGAAAUAAGUGACUAUACCCACAGUUGGCCUAAUAAAAAUGUUGCUGUACUAUAUGGCUACACUGGUGUUGGUAUUUGCUGCCAUAACUACAGCCAGUAUAAUAUGGCCAAAAUGUGGGUGGAAAUUUACAUGUUACCUCUGCAGUGUGGGAGAGAAUCAGCCUGCUAAGGUACCAAAUAAAUCACCCAUCAGAUGAAAGCAUGGAGUGUACAGAAGUGUUGGUAACUUCUUCUUUUUUUAGAAAUCUGACACUACUUUGAACCACCUAACUCCGUAAUUUGAGAAAUCUGUGUGGAAAUAAAGGGAGCUACUGGUACGAUUUGUGAUGAAGGACCUAGGUGGGUGGGUGUUUUUAUGAAAGGGAACAAAACAGUCAUUCUCCUGGCUUGCAUAGCCACUUUCUCUUCUCUAUCUUGUAGAUGAACUCUGCUGAACUAUAGCUACUAUGUUCACUGGGGUAUUUUUUUGUUUUUUAAGUUUAAUGAAAGGAGCUUGGGUGUUUGUGUGAAUGCUACUAGAGGCUAGGGGACUGAGCUACAAGUCAGGAAGUCUUUGGUUUGAAUCUCAUCUCUGCCAUUAACUUGCCAUAUCUUCUUAGGUAAGCCAAACUUCCCCUCAGGCUUCAGUCCAUUCUCAGUCACCCAUCUGUGAUAUGAUGAAAACACUGACAUUCCUCACAGGGUUUUGCAUCAUCUGGUUAUAAUCCUUACAGGUGAAGCAUUGCGAACACUUGAAAAAUCUCUAUAUAGAAUAUUGCCAUUAUUAAGGAAGUUAUGUGUUCGCAAUGCUUCACCUGUAAGGAUUAUAACCAGAUGAUGCAAAACCCUGUGAGGAAUGCUCCUCCACCAUGAUAUUUUAGUGCUCUUCUCCAGUGCAGUUCUGAACUGGGGCAGUGGUUCUAGUAUUUGCAUUGCAUAGUUGCUGUGCCCACAUUCUCGUUGGCUAUCCUUGGAUGUUGUCAAAGAAACAGGUUUGAGUUAAAAUGGCUAGUUGGGAGAGAGUAGUUCUUUUUUCGCACAUGCCUCUUGGGAAGCCAUUUAUCUUCAUCUCUCAGUUAUUUGGGAAAUUCUGCUUGAGUGGAGAAGCCUCCUAGAUACUUUUUUAAAAAAAAAAGAGAGAGAGAGAGAACCGGCUUCUGUGUUUUCUUUCAUCAGACUUGGAGGCUUUGUGAGCCCAGAAGCAUGGAGAGAUGUACAAGUGUUCUUGGGUACAGAGGACCCCAUGCUUCGUAUCUGGUGAAUGUAUUAUCUGCUUGGACGAAACCUAGAAACACAUUCAGUCAAUAGAUUUGUGCUGUGGGUUUGAUGUAAUAAAGUUUCCAGAAAUUAAUUACUUAGUAUUCUUACAAUGUAUGUCUUGCUCAUUUUUCUUUAAAUAUGUGUUUCCAAAAUGCAAGCCAUGUUCAAUUAUUGUGUGUAUUGUGUUAAAAUGAGGACUGAUAGACACAUGCCACAUUCUAACACACCCAAUUCAGAGAAAUCAGAGUUCUGAACUAAAAGGGGAGAAAUAACGCUGAGUUGUGAAACGUACAACUUGGUGCUGGCUAAAGGACUCCUGAAAACAAUGUGUGUUUAGGCUGUAGAAGACCUGGGACCCAGAUGUUGAGCUCAGAGGACAUCUGUGCCUGAAGUAAAACAAGAUCACAGGUAUAGGUAAGACUUAGGUAUGAGUUCAGUGGUUUGCUUCCUGGGGUACGCAGAGAGAUUGCUAAGAGAGUAGACAUGACAAUGACUAAAAUCUGGCUUGUAGGGGAUCCAAAAACAAGGCAGCAUUAUGAGGUUGUUAAAGUGAGGGAAUGAAAGGGGAUUAGGCAAAAUUCAAAUAGGUGUACUUGGGCAUAGGGGAGCAGCUUCAAGAGAGAAAAGACCCCUGUAAUGUAAUAGGGAAUGUUCUGGUAAGGGGUGGAUUGGGCCAUGUAAAGGAACAAGGAGGACUCAUCUGGCUGGUGCUCUUGAAUGGAUUUAGCUAUCAAGAACAUUGACUAUGGUGAGUGGCUUCCUGGGAGUCAUACUGCAGACACUGUUGUUCUGUCUGGUGUGUAGUGUUGAUGGAGGAAGCUUGUAUCUCCUGGAGCUGUGGAUGCAGCUGCUUUUAGAUGCAAAACCUGCAUCUGAUGACCUUUUGUUUACCAGGCAUUUUAUCUUAUUACUAUUAUUGCAACCUAGGUCCUUGGUGAGUCAGUCUGUGAACUUUCUGGUUCCUCAUGACCUUACUGGCAAGAAGGUCAAGCACAGAGAAAUCUACAAGACUGUACAUAAGGUCAAGGUGGGGGGGUCGUUUCUUGUGGUCCUUUGCUUUUGCCAAACCCAUCUUCAGUUCACUGUAAUUGGAGGUUAACAGUGAAAACCUUGUAGCUGUGUGUGUACCAAAUAUAUAGCUAUAUGAUUAUUUUAAAUGGUUUCUUAUAUUGUGUUAUAAUUAUUGCAGCCUGUCCUGGAAUCCUGGGGUGAAGGAUGAGUAACUCAUUGUAUAGCCUGCUGUGAUGUGGAAGAAUGUCCAUAACAUUUCUGAAGAGCAACAGUUGAUGUUGACAUAUAGUGUAGCUGCUGUGAGAAAAGAUGUCCCUUCCGAAACCUGAGUGGAAGGAGACUCAGAGAAGUGGAAUGGCAGAUAUUCCCGUACAGCAGUUCAGUUAUGGAACUCCUCUGUGGCAAGUAGCAAUUGGCUUUCCAGGAAGCAGAUGGAUGGUAAAUAGCAAGGCUGCUCUAUCUGUAGGCAACCAUCCCACCUUGACCCCACCCCACCCCAGUUUUUGGCCAGGAAGGAGGACAGAUUAAAAUUGGCUCAGGGAGGCAUUGGCCGGAGAGUAUAGGUGGGGAAGAGUUGAGCAUACUCCCCUGCAUUAAUCCCCACCCCCAAUCCCACUUAACAUUUUGUUGCAGCCGAAGUCCAAUUUAUUACCAAAAACAUUUGGAUGUUAACCACUGCAAUGUGUAGAAGUGAUUUUAAAUUAGUCGUAGUGGUGAGAAAGUGUUUGGGUUGUUUGUUUUGUUUUGUUUUGUUUUUAAAGCAGGAAAAUGAAUGACAGCAUUACAAAUGGAACAUGGAAUAUUCCCUCCCCCCCCCAAAAAAAAUAUUUAUUUUUUAUGUAAAACUAGUAAAUGAAAUUAGUCUGCUAUGAUUAAAACAGAUCGAUAACAUGAAAUGCAGGCAUGAUCGAUGCUCACAGUUAACAGAAACCUAUUUUACAACAAAGUCUGGCUUUGUGUAGCAGCAUGCACUUUAAUCAGCAACGUGAUGAAUGCUUGGCCACUUGGAAGGGAUGCCGUUUACAAGGGUGGGGAGGAGAGGAAGGAUGGAGAAUCAGCAGUAAGUAUGUUGAUUACAAACCUGAAAGUAAAUAACAAAGGUACUUGUGAAAAUCCCAUUGCCAGCUUAGGCUGAAAUGUGUAGCAGUCCCCUCUGUGCCUUGGCAAUAGGCUGCUUUAUGGAAGUGAUGGUGAUGCUGAAGAUAUCAGCCUAGUUCUCACUGAUGUGGUAAAUCUGUGCUUGGGCUAUGCCACUUGAAGCUGCAGGUUAGGGGCUCACUUGAUUGAAUGAACCUACAUACCCUGCCCCCUCCCAGAUAGAAAACUUGAUAUUGGGGGCAGGGGUGGGGGGUGGGAGAGAGAGAAUGCUCACUCUCAGCCCUCUCAUUCACAUCUACUUGCCUAUUCCGCAAAGAUGACAUAUUGCUUUUUUAUGGCGCAUUCAAUCACAGGAGUCCUCACCUGCAGUCUGAAGUGGUAGGGCCCAGACAGAUUUACCCUUAGUGAGAAAUAGUCCUUAGACGUAACACCAAACCAUAUCAGAGUUGAUUAGAAUGCUGCCCUUCUGUACGCUUUGGAUCAAGCAGUCACCAUCAAGCUUGCCUUGUACAUUAUGCCCAGGGGACUGCUGAACUUCUGUGCUUACAGUCCACAGGGAGAAGCAGCUUCUUAGAGGAAAGGCAUUUCUUGCUAUCAGUUCUGGAUUAGCUCCAGGAUGCCUGUAGAUUGAAUAAGAACAGUUUUCUUUGAGCAUUUAGCAUACAGUCAUGUCCAUGCAUACUGGAAAGAAAGUUCCUCUGGAAGAGAGAUUCUAGGUUUUUUUGUUUUUACCAUUAUUUACUGAAAGCCAUAAAUGAAAUUUAGUGUGGUGGUGUUGUUGUUUAAACCCCCCCCCCCAAUAAUAAUCAAAAUCUAGAGCCAAAAUCCAUCUUUUGUGGUUACUGGAAUGACUCUAAGUUUCAAUUUGGCAUUGUACAUACUCUAAAAAGCUAUAUUGAUAUAAUUUGGACUAAUUGGUAUGAUAUGUUUAAUUUGGCAAAUGGAAACUUAAUAAAAAUUAUUGGGUGGGGGGAAUAAAAAGCUAGAUUAGUGGAAACCUCUCCAAGGUCUGGGGUUAUAUGGAAGCAGUUUAUAUUUGUCUAGAGUGCAAUAAUAUAAUUUAAUAAAUAUGAUAAUUAUUUAUUAACAAAUAAUAGGUAGCAACACAACAAUAUUCUUACUGUAGAAACCAAUUAGCUAUUACAGCAUUGACCUAACUUUGAGGCUGGUGUAGACAAAUAACUGUUGCCUAAACAAGGCACCAUGCUAAACAUGAAUCUUCACCCUCGCUGCCUUCUCCCUCCUUCUACAUCCUCCCCCACCCCUUAGGGUUUAAUCACAAUUAAGUGACAGAUGCUGAACACAAUUUGUCCUAGUCUAAUUGACUGCAAAGUCAUGGUCAAUAUUGCAUUGGCUAACUCAACUCCUCACAGCCAUGUCCAAACAUAAUGAAAUUGUGUUAGUGAGACAUCUUGCUGAAGCUGGAGGUGGAGGUGCAGAUUUCUAGCCCCCAAAUUACUUAAUUUACAUAUAUAGCAUGUUGAGUUUCUGUGUAUAAAUAAAGCCACUUUCCCCUACAUACUUGCAUUCAUAAUUGUGUCUCCAGAGUGAACUAAUUUUGCAUCGUUUUCUCCUUUGGUGGAUCUGAGGAGUAGACUCUUGAGUGAAAAGAUGCACAACGUCUUAACUUUAAUUUUCUUUAGGUGAUACAAUUUCAAUACCACAAUAAGAAAAAAGGCCACACUCUUUUGCACAAACAGGGUGUAUUAGACUAAUCAGAAAGGAUGUUAAUAUAACCUAUUUUCCUAAAUUCUGUUGUUGUUGUUUUUUUUAUCAGUUUCUUGAUGAAAUCUGAUGCAUGUUUUAUCAGGGUGAAAUUCCACUGUGUUUAAAAAAGGAUACUCCUCAGUAAGUGUGUUGUGGUUUACAGCUGCAAAAUAGAUUGGUGAUUUCAGCAGGUGCUCAUAUCUUGCCUGUGAAAAUGCAAAGAUUUUGCCUUGAUGAUGAUAUCCUGAAUCUUGUAUAGUUAAUAGUCUUUUCCUGCCUGCAUCCCCUCCCCAUUACUCAAAGCAGUGAAAAGACCACUUCAAAUAUCAUGCUUUUUCUACACAAAAAGCCCUUUGGUGUAGGAAAAAGCAUGAGGCCUGCAUGGAGACAGUCAUGGGUGAGUUCCAUGCCUCUGUUUCAAAGCCUCUGUGUUCUCACAGUACAUGUAGCAUGCAUGUAGAAACACAGAGAUGAUUCCUCACACAUGCAGCACGCUCCACCCGAUUAUCCCCUUCUGGCCUGAAAUGUUUUGUGCUGAAUUAGGCUUGUGCUGUAAAUCUGUAAUGAAAACAGUGCUUUGUGCUGAAGGUUUGACAGGCUAAUUACAGUGCUGCUUUAAUUGUCUUAUUUUUGACUUCUUAUAGUUUUAGAACCUCUUCCAGAUUUGACCCACUACAAUAGUUUGUGCAGAUGUAGUUCUAGAGAAUGAUGUAUGGGAGAGGAUGCGAUACCGGUAUAUAUCCCGCUUUAUUACUUUAAUCCGAGAUGAAAUAUCUCUCUGAAACCAAAUCCUCAUGCUUAGUUCACUUGACAAGACUUUCACUUUAUACCAAGCAGUUUCUUAGGGGUCGUUAGGAUACGUUUGUUUGAGGCUAGACUAUUGUGGUGGUUAUGUAAACGCUCAGCAUACGUUGCCUUUGACAUGUUGGCCAUUAAACUAGUUGUUUUCAGGGUAUAUGUAAUGAUACUUUGUAAUUUAGACACAGCUUUGUUCCUCUAGAGAAGAGGUAGGGAUUAACUGUAACAUCUUUUUUCUGCUGGGUUUUCUUAGAAACCGAAUUUACUUACGCAUCUGUGCAAUUAAUUCAAAACACCCAAGCUUCAUUUUUAAAAUAAUAAUAAUGAAAGUGAACUGAGAUGAGGGCAGUGCUAUUGUUUCGUUGCACUUCUGCAGUUUCCUUCUCAUGAAAUGCAAGCCGACGCUGCUGUGAGUGAAAGCCCUCUUACGCAGACAAGCAGAAACAAAGGUUGCUUGAAUUCUGCAAGAAAUUAAUAGAGAUGCAAUUUUAAUAUUAAGGGCACCACAUUAGCUGAGGCCUUGCAACUUGUAAAAAUGAGCAUAAUAGCUGAAGAAAAAGGGAAUAUUUUAGAAGAUACGCAGAUGUAUUAAUUUUAAUUUGUCCUUUUGAUCUGUUAAUUACCGCUGAAGAUUUAUUGACUAAUUUUAAGGAAGCAAGUGUUUGAAAGUUUCUGGCAAAUACUAUCUUCUUGUAAUGAGCACAUGGCAGUGAAAGAAGUUAAGAGGAGAGCAAAAUUAGAUUGACUGAUUGUUCAGUCAUGUGGGCCUGGCUCGCUGCAUAUCCCGGCUGAAGAAUGAUUGCUCAAAUUACAUUGCCUCAGGUCCCUGCACUUGGUUGGCUGUCUUCUCAGAUCUUAACAAGGUUCUGGGAAUUCAUUUCUGACAAAGUUUGCUUUGUGUUUUUCAGGAUGCUUCAUCGGCAGACAUUAGGAAAGCGUAUCGCAAGCUUUCGCUAAUAUUGCACCCAGAUAAGAAUAAAGAUGAAAAUGCGGAAACCCAGUUUAGACAAGUAAGUGAUGCACAUACAAGCAUUAAAAUGUGUCAUGUGAUCAUUAAAACCUUGAAUAAAUAUAAUGGUGAUCGUGGGGUAUUAUUUUUUUGAAAUGAUUAACCUGGGGAAGUUUGGAAGCUUUUGUUGCCACUUUACUAUGGUCUAAUGCUUUCAACUCCUACAGAAAUUUAAAAUGGGUAAAAAAACCCCACCAUGUGCUGUCAGAAGUUAAACAUACUUAGAUAAUGGGAAUGCUUAGGGUUGGGAACAGGACUUUGUGGACUCCUUGACUCUGUUGUUGUUGUUUUACUAUAGUGCCACAAUCUGCAUGUUUUGCAUUGCAAUGGAAAAAUAUUUCAUCAAACAUGUUAAUGUGUAUAAAAUUAAGCUUUACUCUGUGGGUGUCUUUUUCAAAGAAGGCCUAAUAUAUGGUUUUUCAACAGUUGUUUACUUGGAAUUUAUAAUGAAUACUACUGGAACAGUAGAGCAUGCUUUGAAAGUUGGAUGAUGGUGAUGAUUUGUUUGUAUCACAGAAUAAUUAAAUUGCUACUAUCUUGAACAGAAAAUUACUGAAAAAAGGGAAAAAUAUUUAGUUUACACAGAAUGACCUGAACUGAUUCUUUGAUUCUAGGAACUGUUCUUCAUUCUUACUUUUAAGAGUACAAAAAAGCCCAGUAUAUGUGCAGUAUUGUGGCAAAAUAUUCUGGCUGUUCUGUGCACGGUUGCUGGUGUGUUGCUGUUUUUAGAAAAAUAAAAGUAUGCUUUCAUUCUAGUUGGUGGCCAUAUAUGAGGUUUUAAAGGAUGAAGAGAGAAGGCAUAGGUGAGUUUAUUUUGUAUAUAUUUCAAAGCAGAGGUUUUUUUCCAUCUAAACUGAGCCAGGUUAGCCAGAAUUUUAUAGGCUCUCUCAUAUGUGCUAGGUUCUAGCCUAUGUUGAUAAAAGAACCAGGUGAUAACUUUAUAAUUUGUAAUAUAAAUAUGAGUUUUUAGACUGCUAACACAUGCUUAGUGCAGUAGUUCAUUCCCUCUUAAUUGUUAAGCUGAUACUCAGAUUCUCCAACUAUAGAGUAAGACCUGUGGAUUUUCACUGUGGCCAGUGCAAUCUGAUUGUGGGUAUUGCUGCUUUGCUCAAAUCCUUUCAGUCUGAAAAGCCAUCUUCCAUUUUUCAGGAUCUCACCAAAAGUUGUGGACUUGGGUUAUUUUCUCCAUGGCUACUGUAGCAUGUGCUGACUUUAAUACACACACACUCUCUCUCUCUCUCUCUAUAUAUAUAUCACACACACACACACACACACACACACACACCCCUUUAAAAAACCUAAACGAUACGACAAAAAUAGGAAUAUUUGAAAAGGCUUUUAGUUAUUGCAUAUUAUUCAGACGCUUUUUUUCUUAAGUACAAAACAUAAGUAUUCAUGUACCUGUGAGAACAUAAUUUUACCAGGCAAUUGCUUGUGCUUGGGUUGCUUUCCAGAGGACUGUUGUAUUUUACUUUGGACUUGUGGUUUAUUAGGAUGCUCACUUUACUGUUAGUGACCCAGAUAUUUUGGCCAAAGAAAAGAAGGGCUUGCUGCCAGCAAAUGAGUUCUGUUUAAAAUAUCUCUAGGUUUUCAAUUCUCUGAGUAGUGAUGCUGAAAGUUCUCCAGGAGGUUCUUGGCUUUGUGGAAACCUUGGCAUGAGUCCAGGUCUCAUAGUAGAGAUUAUCUACUUUCAGAUAAUCCUCUGUGUUGAAAGAGCCAUGGAACAGUGUUCAGAGGAGUUUUGGAGAUUCUGUGUAUGGUUUUUACCCUGCCUCCCACUGCAGUCUUUCAGCUUGGAGUCAUAGAUCAAGGAAGUUUAGGAAGUUUAACAAUAGGGGGUCAAUGUCUGGUGUCAAAUGGUUGCAAAAGGUAUGAACUAGUUUAAAUGCACCCCUCUACACUCACACUCACACACACUUAAUUUUUUUGAUAGUGUUUAUUUUGCAUGUUCAUGGCUUUAAUACUAAAUAACCUGUGUUUUUGUAUGGGUUUAUUUUUACAUCUCCCCAGUACAUCUAUGUACUUCCACAACCACACUGACCACUGCCAUGAAAUUAAAUUAUUUAGGGAUUUCACAUAAUGUGUAUAUUGGAAAUCAUGUAAUGAAAUUAUCUCAGAAACGUGUUUAAUUGAAUUGGUGCAAGCCUUCAUCGCCAUGUGUAAAACGAGUUGCUGUAAACAAUGAUUUUUUAUGGUUAUUCAGCUAAAUGCCUAAAAAUGGCUCGUGAUGAUCCCUGAAUGUUCCCUGACAGCAAGUAUUCCCUUAAAAAAAAUUUUUUUUAAGCCCAACAAACUCUGCUUUGAGACAUCUCUUUCUAGGACUCUGCCUUUGGGAAUUCUUGGCCGCUUGGAUUACAGAUUCAGUUGCAAAAACUGCACUAAUAACAAAUAUAAAGGCUAUUUCUCUUGCAUUAAAAUUCUUGUUGCCUCUUGAUUAACAGUUAUUUUAGGUGGGCUUUCCCCCCUUCCUUAAACCAUGUGCUUACCAACUAAUUACAAAAUAAUAAAUUAGUUUCCCUUGGUUCUUCCUUCAGAUUCAUGUGCUCCAGGUUUGGUGGUCCCUGACUUUGUUUAACUGUGGGCAGAUGCUCAAUGGACCAUCAUCUCCUCCAAGCACUCAAGUUUCUCAGCCUUCCUUAGCAGGUUGUCAAAGCAAUUUUCUCAGUAUGUAGCAGCUCAACCUAACUCCAUCUACACAGCAGUAAAAAACGUUUCAAAUUUGCUCUUCUUUUUUAAAAGUCUCAUACUGAACGUCAAGGCGGUGAUUAAAAUCAGCAUGUUUUGUGCAUACACCAGAAUUUUCUUUUGGGAAGGGUUUGUUGUUCUGAAGCUGCCCACACAGUACCUCCAAACAGCUGUCCAGCCUCCCCCCAGCUCAGAAGCGAUUUGAGUAUGUGAUGUGAAAGAAGUAUAAAGAGGCUGGAGUGAGGGCCGAAUUUUUGUUUGAGUUUUCUUUUCAGCUCCUCUUGUGUCAAACCUUCAACCUGCUUUUUGAACUUGGGGGAGGCUAAACAGCAGUUUGAGGAUGCUGUUUGUAGCAGGACCCACUGGGCUCUUCUUAAGAUUUAAUAUCCUGCGCUUUGCUAUGCUGAGUAGGCAAAUGAGCAGGAGAUGAAACAAUAUAUGUAGUUUGAUAUUGGGAGCUACUCUUAAUCCAGCUGCAUUUACUGUAAUAUUACAGAGUAAAUAUGUUGUUGCUUGUCUUUAAUAUGUAGUUGAAAAUGGUUUCAUUUCCAACAGAUUCUUUUCUUCCAUUAGAUGAUAUAAAAUAUAAUCUGAACAGGCUGGUGGUGGUUUUGUUUUUAAAAAAGCAACCCUAAUGACAGAUCAACAACUUAUCAGUUUUAAAAUCAUACAGCUUUUCUAAUUUAGAAAAGCGUUUUUAAAUGCUUGUGGAUAGAUUACUGGAACCAGUAGUUGGGCAUCAAAAUAAGUGUUCUAACACCAAGGUUGAAUCCUAUAGCACCUUUUUCAUAAUGAAGAGGUUUCUACAUGUACCAUAUGGAAAGUAUAUGAAGCGAGUACAUUUACAUUAUUAUUAUUUUUUGGCAACAACAGCAGGAUGAAAGGGAGUGUUUUCUCCCCCUUUGAGCUUAGAUUUUAAAACCUAAUUUCUCUGCAGAUAUUAAAUGGGAGUGAGUUCCAUUGAUUUUGCAGAAAGUUCCAUUUAAAUGUGCAUAGAUUCAGAAUUUUGAGAUUUUAAAUAAUUGAAGACUCUAAAGAUAUAUGUUUGAAACAAGCCCAUAAAAGUUGGGAAUUCUGAAGCAUUGUGUUAAGCUAGCUAGACUAUAGUGGCAUUGCAGCAUGCUGCAUAAAGCUGAAUAUGGGUGGGCGAAAUAUAUUUCUUUGUCCUCUUACAAUUUCAUCUUUACAGUUUACUUGAAGCUACAGUUGUGCUGUGGAAUAAGCAACUAGUUUUGGUCUGUGGUUUUAAUACCAAAUUUCUGUUUUGAAUAUGAGAACUUAUUUUUGGCUAGCUUUAACAAUAAUAACAAACACAGUGAUCUCAGGUUUUACUUAAUAUACAUUUCACAAUAAUAGUUAUCUGAUUGACGUGUGUGCAUUAUAGACCUAGCUCUAUGUUGCCCAUAUUUUGGAAGUGUGCUAAAUCAGAGCAUGAAUAAGAUGCAAAGAGGACAUAAAGGCAGACUGCUUUGUGAUUUCCUUAUUUGCUUAAUUCUUAUGCAUGCCUCUGAAAGUCCAUCGUAGGUGAUAAAUUGAUUUCUGCAAAUAAGUACUUUAAUGAAUCAUCUGUAUGCUUCCUAAUUAACUAAUUUGCUAAAUGUGAAAAACAAGAUUUAAAAUUAUCAGAGGAUUCUGAGUAACUUAAGGAUCAUUGUUCAUAUACGGUCCUAAAAAUUAAACAGACGUCUUAAUUUUUAAAUACAGUGCUCAAUUACCAUAGAAAGGAGUGAUUUAUUUUUUGACAGUAUAUAUUCUAAAAAGUGGGUUAUAAUAGAAGCUAUCUUCCCUUAAAAUGGCCAGUCGUGUGAGCCAUAAUGUUCAUUGAUAGUAAAAUCAAUAGAGCAUUGAUUCUGGAACUAAAUCCUUGGAGACUUUUGUUCAGAAUAGCAGACGUAGCCUGGUAAAUACAGAGUGUGUUUAGUGCAUGAAAUUUUCAUGUGUCAGAUCUGGACGCAUAUAGAACAGAUUUUUAAUAUAUUGUAAAUUUAAGUGUGGAUUAUCAAGGUCUACGAUAGUUCCAGAAGAUAAAUAUUUAGUAUUUCACCCCCUUAUUAGUCCAUAACCUUUAAUGUCUCUCCCCCCCCCCAUUCACUCACUGUUUGGAGAUGUUUUCGGUUUUAGUUUCAAUAGUUUUAAAGGGGGGAAAAUCUAUUUCAUGCAAGCACACUCUGUUUCAUGCAAGCACAAUAUAUAUUAAGUAUUUUAAAAUUUUAUUCUUUGUUCACCAUUUUUACUUCUUGCUUAUGUUCACAUUUCAAAUUACUGAUACAUUCUGAAAAACCCCAUGGUAUUGAAAUAGCUAGUUUUCUUCUUCUUUUUGUUGCUCACACUAAAACAAUUUUUCUAGGACAUUUGAGACCCCCCCCCCUUUUCCCUUUUUGGAGAGGAAAAACAGACAUACUCCUAUCAUUAUAGGCAUGGCUUAAACACUUUUAAUCUUUUAUAGUGAUGGCUUAAACUAGACCCUAAUAAAUACAUAUUGUUUCUGUUUUUAUAUUGCACAUAACAACCGACAGAGGUGGCAAAGUUAUGUAAUAUUUAUCCUGCUAAUAUUCAGCAAUGCAAAUUAGCGGACUGUUUUGCUCUGACCAACAAAUAAUUAACCGUUUGUUUAGAACAAAUGAAUCAGAGGGCAUCUUAAUUUUUUUCAAUGAAAUCUACUUUAUACAAAGAUGUAGGGCUUUUUUUUAAAAAAAAAGAAGACAAUUUUUUAAAAAAGAAAUUAUUCAUUAAUCUAUCUCCAAGGUAUCAAUUUAAUAACUAUCAAAGUAGCUACUGCAGUUGUUGCAUUUAAAUUGAUUUACACGUCAAGGCUGGCAGUUUAGCAGCUGCGCUAUUAUUCCGAUCGGUCAAUUUACUUGAGAAAAACCUACUACUGAGUCCUACUGACCUGCAUGACAAUAUAGGCCCUAUUUCUAUUCCUGUAAUUAGGCCUGCGACUAACUCAGAAUAUUUUUAAUUAAAAUAUUUUGGUCAGUGUGUUGCACCAAAUUAGGCUUUUCAGUGCCGAUUUAAUUCUGGAAAUAGCGUGAUUAGAAUAUUCAAUGAGUCGUGCUCCAUUUAGGAUUAAUCUUAACAUACAGUAUUUUAAAUGCCUCAAUUCUAAAUCUUCCUAAUAAUAGGCUUGUCAGGUUUCUAUACUAAAAGUUAUCUACUUCAGUGGUUUAUGCAGUUAAGAGUUGUGUGUGCGUAAAUGAUCACUAGUAGAACUGAUUUCAAGAAUAAUAAAUGUAGAAAGAAUUUAUUUCUAACAAAUGGCUUUUUAUAUGAAACACACAGAGAGAGAGAAAAGAAGGCAGAAAAGUCGCUAGAAUAAAAUGCAAACUUAGCAGCCUAUAAUGUUUCAAAUUUCAUUCCUUUAAAGAAAAUGCCAAUCACUUGUACAUUGCAAGUCAUUUCUAAAUUAGUUUUCAUGUCAAAGGAAAAAAGUUUAAUAACGUUACACCUCUGUUCAACAGGAACGAGGUUGUUUUUCCCCAUAUUUUUCUAAAUUAAGGAGUCAAAGCUAGCAAAUGGAUUUGGUGGUUGUUGCUUCCCACUUAAAACCAUCCCUUUGUAAUUCUUUUAUUCUGGGAACAUGACCAAUGAUUGACAGGUAGGUUGAACAUAUGGUUCAUUGUAGAGUAAAAACAUUUCUCAAGUGAAUCAAUUGGGGGUGCUGUUAGAACAGUAGAGCUACCCUUUUUAUCCAGUCGCUGAAGAAGAUUCUGUUUACCAGGAGCCCAGAUUAAAAUGAUGUUGUUGCUGCUGCGGAAAUUUAAUAUUUUUGAAAAGUGGAUGAGUAAAACAGAAUUUCCAUACUUUUCUCUCUCUUUCUCUCUCUCUCUUAAAAAAGCAAAUAGGUUCAUUUUAAAUGCCUCAUGAAAGCUUGUUUGUUUUUGCCACUGUAGGUAUGAUGAUAUUCUGAUCAAUGGGCUACCAGAUUGGCGACAGCCUGUAUUUUACUACAGACGAGUGAGGAAAAUGAGCAAUGCAGAGUUGGCAUUGCUGUUGUUCAUUAUCCUCACAGUGGGCCAUUAUGCUGUGGUUUGGUCAAUCUACCUGGAAAAACAACUGGUAAGCAUCGGAAAUAAGUUUUAUUUAAAAUCGCUGCAAAAGUGUUCAUCACACCCACACCCUCUAAAUUAGUUUCCUAGUAAUUACAGACUGACAAACAUUCCUCACUUGAAUCCAAUAACUGAGUAUGAACCCCUCGGCAGAAAAAAAAAAGCGCCUUUUAAAUGAUCUGCAACAUUUAACAAUAAAAUGCAAACCAUUUUGCUUUCUGUAUUGGUGACUUUCAGGGAUCUUUUUACCUAACCCUCCUGGCAAAUUGCACAAAUGCAGGUUUUGGGGGUUCUUCCUCCCCCCCCCCCAGCUUCCAUUCUUGAUGUUUGAAAUUCAUACUCGCCUGGGCUUUUAAUGUCUUAAUGGAGGGUCCCCUCCCAACGCCCAAAUUGAAGUGUCUUUCAAAUGUGAUAAAUGUUCCAGGGUUAGAAUGGUAAAAUGACAGAAGCAAAAGAAAUGUUUUAAAUGUUGCUUCCUUCUUGUCUGCCAGAAAGCAAAAGAGCAAUGAUUAUUUACAUGCAAAAUUUGAACUUUAGCAUCUGUUUGUUUGAUUUUGUGUUUUCAGAGCUACCGUAUUAAAGUUGUCAUAUGAGGAAAGAAGUUAAUUUUUUUAAAAAAUAAGAGAAACUUUGAUUGCUGUAGAUAUUUGCAUGACUGGCAGAGCUGGACUUCAUGUGUGCUUAAGGAGUGGAGAUGCCAUGGUAACAGUUAUUGUUAGAUGAUUUUACUUAAUCAUGUAGCUCCCCCCCCUCGCAUUUGCAUAAAUGCUGUUCUGUUCUGCUCUUAAUUGGAGAAUCUUCCUAACAAUUGCAGAGCACAUGUUUCUGAUAACCUCUAACAGUUCCCCCCCUCCUCUCUGUAUUAGGAUGAGCUGCUUAGCAGGAAAAAAAAAGAGAAGAAGAAGAGGGCAGGAGGGAAGAAUAUGGAAGAAGCGAAACUUGGUGUAGACAAGAAUGAAAGGUGGGGAAGGAAGCGCUGAAAUAGUUCUUGCCAGGCAGGCACAUAAAAGUAGCAACUUCUGAAUGUUUUGACACUUGGAAAAGAAGCUUUGUAGUGUUUGUUUAAAAAAACAACCACAAAAAAUAACUUAAGCAAUUUCCAUUAGUUCUAAUAAUUUUUGAGACAUAGCUGUGGGUUGAUUGUAUGAAAUUAAUACAUUGUUGGGGGGGCGGGGGGAAACCAGCAGAAAGUGUGGAAACUUCUGCCAAUUUAAAUUUGGUAGUUUUUCACUUUGAGGGGAGGAAUUAACUGCAAGGAGUUUAUUGCAUGCAGGAUAUUCAACGGGAUCUUAAUUUUCCAGACUUAUCUGCUGUUAAGGGUAGCAUAGAUUAUAAGCUGGCACUGUUUGGCCUUAGAAGCAAAAAAGACGUUAGGAAAAUGUUCUCAAUCCUGUGAUACAGUGCCCCCCCCUUUUUUAAAGCCAAGAAACAACAUGGGGGGAAAUAGUGACAUUCAGAAUACUCCGAAAGAUACCACCAUUCCUUCUAUUGAUUCAUAGAAAGAAAUAAAGGGUUUAAAUAGUUCACACAGCAGGGGCAUGAACUGGAUCAAUGCAGGAUGGAGAGCACAGACCAUUUUGCCUGUCUUCAGUUCUGAUGACAUCAGUGAGUAAUGCUUCAGUGAACUGCAAAUGACAUUAAUUUUUAUGUAUUGGUUUGUUUAUGCUACAGACUUCAUAUCUGGUUGUCAGCGCUUGUGACUGGUUUGGUGGUAGUUUCUCUCCCCCCGCCCCCCGUACUGAAGCCGUCAAAAAGUCUGGGGUUUAUUCUGUGAGGUGCAGGCAAGCCCAAUGUUUAGGAAUGAAUAUAUUUGUUUUAUUGAUUAUGUUCUACAUGGAAAUAUUUACAUGGUUCCCAUAGUGGGAUGCUACUUUCUUUAGCCCUCAUGUUCCUAGUUGGAGGCUUUCAUCACAGUGUAUGCAACAAGACAUAUACAUAUAAAUUACUGAAUUAUUAUUAUUAUUUCUAUAGGUUGCUAGAGAAGCCACAGUGGCAGGACCUUCUUCCAUGCAAGCUGGGAAUAUGGUUCUGUUUGACAGUAAAAGCACUGCCUCAGCUAUUUCAGGUAAAAAUGCAGAGUUGUGUGUUUCCUUUUGUUUCCUUUUGUAGUUUUGGAAACGAUUCCACUUUUCGUUUAAUUCUCCCACAGAACAGCAUUUGGUUUUAUUUUUAGGAGUCUUCUGCCUUUGGCCAAGUAACUAUUUUGAGCCUAGAGAAUGUUUCAUAGUUGUAAAAACAGUGGAGCCCCAAUGGUUCCCAUAUAGGAAUGAUAAACACUGAAUCAUUGAGAGCUCGGCUAAAUAAAUGGAAAAGGAGGGGAAAGCGUCACUCCUAAAAUGAGACUUCUGAAUCAGCAGCAGUGUGUUGAAAGACUUGCCAUGUAUAUUGGACCCUAAAGCAUUAAAAUAUGAGUAAUUGCUCAUAUUUUGUAGCAUUGGUAUAUCAGUAAUAAAAAUACAUAAAUGUGAGCAGUAAUAAUUCAGGUUUCAAAAAGGUGGGAAAGCAAAGUAUUAUUUAAAAAGAGCGCAUUUAUUGUCAUUACUCUGGUUUUUCUUCUUCUUCUCUUUAGCAGAGUACAAAUUUAAUAAAUUAUUUGAAUGUCUUAAUGCCUCAAACUGUACAUUAUCCCUGAGUUAGGGAGAUGUUCAGAACCUAAUUUAGCAUAGUCUGCUGAAGUGUGUCUGUGUGUGUUCCUAAGACUUAUAAUUGGUUCUUGGCCAGUGUUAUAAAACAGUACUGUACAGUAUUACAAGAUUGGUGCAUUUGUGGUCAAUUUAUUAAGAAAUUUAUUAAAUUUGAUUGAGGUGAGAAAGCAACACUUCUGUUGCCUAAGGUAUCAUUGUACAAGAUCUCCUUUAAUAGCUUAUUAAGGCAUUUUAAUUUUACACACACUUCUCUGUAUUUGGUAUAGACCAUGCAGAGCAAGACAGGUUAAGCGUCAAAUCUGCCCAUCAUUAGCAACCUAUUAACCCAGACCUUGAUACUGUGCCGGUAUCUACAUGGAUAACAGAGCUCUUACAGGCUGUGCUAGUGCUGGCAGAUGUAAAUUAAAAGCUAAGAGGACAAAGCAAAGCAGUAGAGGAGAAAGUUUUUAGCCUCUAAAUCUCCCAUGUGUGCAAUGGAUAGUUUUGAGCUUGUGUGUGACUGCAAAGCCUCCAGAGAGAUGGAGGACUUGGUGGAUCAAGUCCAUUCGACCCUUUGCUAGAUAAACAAGCUCAUGAAGAAACUGCUGGUUCCUGGUAGGACUUGAAACAGCUAUGUCUAGUUGGAAAGCCCCUCUUGUCUCCUGCUCCUGACUCUGUGAGCAAGUGAGAACAGGCUCUUUGAUUGGUCCAUGAUGCAUAUCUUCUAUCUGGGGAUUCUAUUUUGACUUGUCUGCAAUUGAGAAAGAAGUGUUGAUAAGCACCACUGCAGUGUUGGCCUUCUAGUGUUGCCGAGACUGCUUAGUGGAUAAGGAAGUUUGGCUAGAGGAGUAUGGCAAGCUUUAGGGCCUGCAUGGAUACAGUAUGAAGUGCGUGUGAAAACCAUUUUUGUACUGGCUCUUGGUCCAACCUGGGGAGUUUGGAAUUCUGGAUCUCUUAAAUUCCUCCUUGUCCUUAGUGCUGGUAAAUGCAAGACCAGUGAAUAAUAAAUAAUUUUGCCUCCAACCUAGUUGGAUGAGAUGAGUAGACCUAUACUAGCCUAACUUGUGUCCACCAUCAACUUUGGCCAGAGAUAUAUGAGGUAGGGAUGGUCACAAUGCAUUGUGGCUAUUUUACCUUAUACAGGUACAGUGGUACCUCGCAAGACGAAUGCCUCGCAAGACGAAAAACUCGCAAGAUGAAAGAGUUUUUAGUUUUUUGAGUUGCUUCGCAAGACGAAUUUCCCUAUGGGCUUGCUUCGCAAGACGAAAACGUCUUGCAAGUUUGUUUCCUUUUUCUUAAAACCAUUAAUACCCAGGGUGCAUCGCUUCACAAGACGAAAAAUUCGCAAGAUGAAAAAACUCGCAGAACGAAUUAAUUUCGUCUUGCGAGGCACCACUGUAGACUGGUCUUGAUUGGUUGCCCCGGUGUUGGAUACCAGGGACUAAUUUGGAUUAUUUCCGGCUAUGUAGCACUCUUUCAGCUGGUGCGAUCAUCUUGAGACUGCUGUUUGAGAUGCCCUGAGGAAUUGUACUGGGUCACUCCAGUAUACAUGUUCAGGCCUCCUUGUCUGGUGCAGUUCAUGACAGUUUGUGGCAGUUGUGUAGCUAUUCCAGUUUGUAUUGGGCCUUGCACAUGUAGAACAUCAUGUCCUGGAUUUGCUGUUCUGAGCUGGACAAGAAUCUGUUGACUGGGAUAGUAAGGAUGGUCUACCUUUGAAAUGUUACGGAUUCUUCAGGUUUACAGAAUCAGAAUGCAGCAGAGAAAGUAAUGAGAAAUUAUGGAGAGAGGCCAGUCCACAUCUUGGUCAUUAUAUGGCAUAACUGUGCACUGGUGUGAUCAGCAUAGAGCUCCCCGCCCCCCAGGCCCUUCUCUUUCUCUUUUCCUCCCCCAUCCCAGAUCUCAGCUCUAUAAUUUACUGAAGAGCUGGGAUACAUGGUACAUGGUACUUUGCAAUCGGCUGCAUUAGGUGAAUAUAUCUUGCUAAGUUCUCCUAGUUGAUGUAUAGGCUCUUCAGCUCUGAUGGAUGGUGAUGCAACUUGAGUUUUCCAUGACAGUUUUGCAUGAUUCUUUCCUGGCAGACUUGCUCAGGUAUUUCCCAAUUACCACAGUAAUUCUCUAGUAGCUUGUUUGCAUUUGAUUUGGGUUCCCUCAGCUAUGUUGAUGCUGCUGAGAGUUGUGGAGGCUGUUGCAUGCUGUUUGGACUCAUGGGGAAGACCAGUCUGACCAGACAGUGGUUAUCUGGUUAGAAACAUAAGUGUCUCAUUGAAAGACGUUUCCUCCUGCUUAAAGGAUAAGGUGGAAAGCUGGAAAUGUGAGCUCAGCUUUGUGGGAACAGGCACAUGAUGAUGUUGUAAAUACUGUUCACUGUUGAUGUGAAUAAAUGGUAGUCAUUUGCAGCCUUAGGAUUUGGUGUCAUCAGUAUGCUCUUACUUUCCUGCAACUCAGUUCUGCCCUUAGCCAGUGUAGGAGGUGAUAGUUGGGUAGAGGAGGAAGAAUUAAUGAAGAUGGAAGUGAUUCUGGUGAGGAAUCCUCAGACCCUGUAGUGGGGCACUAUGCCUGUGACAGGUGAGCGUGAAAUAUCCCAAUCUCAGCAAGUCGCCAUAGGGGUAUGUUGCAACUGUGUUUUCUAUAUAAGCUCUGUCCCUUCUUGGAAAAGAGGUGAUUUUGCCACCCUGGCAAGUUACAAUAGCCUGCAGCGUAUUCCAGAUGGCACUGCCCUUGAAGAUGAUUCAGAAGCUUUAACUUGUGCAAAAUUCUGUGGCUGCUUCUUGCUAUUGGGAUAUCCAUCACUAGGCCCAAUGCAAGGUGUGAGUUAAAGCCUUUUGAAGCCCUUUAUGAUCUGAGACAUUCCCACCUUAAGAGCUGACUCUCUCUGUACCAGCCCCUGAACCACUUGCAUUUGGCAAGCCGGGUCUUGCUCCAUAUAUUCUUAUAACAUGAGAUUAGGACAUCUACUGCUAGGAGCAGGACCUUGAUAGUAGUGGCCCCAAGGUUAUAGAAUACCUUUUUGUUGGAGUUAAAGGAUUUUCCCUCCUCCAUCUCUACAUUUUGAUUUUUUGAUCACUAUUUUGAUUUUUUUGUAAGACCUCUUUAUUUUGGCAAAUCUUCUUGAUUUGACUUUUGUCAAGGAGAGAGUGGAUUUGUUAUUGAAGAAAAUUUUAAAAAAUUAUUACAGUGGUACCUCGUGUUACGUACCGCCCCCCUUAUGAAUGCUGCGGGUUACGCACUCCGCCAACCUGGAAGUAGAUGCCCCUUUUUGCGACCUUUGCCCUGGGAUGCGAGCGGAAGUCGCGCUCCGGUGGCGCGGCGGCAGCAGAAGCCACCAUUAGCGAAAGCGCAUCUCAUGUUAUGAGCGGUUUCCUGUUACAAACGGACCUCCAGAACGGAUUAAGUACGUAACACGAGGUACCACUGUACAGUGUUUUGUUUUUACCUGUAUUAAGCUGCUUCCAGCACAGCAAAAGAAGCACUUCGCUGUUUGUUUAAGGACAGUAAAAUUCGCAAUGGUGAGAGAGGUUGGAGCAUAUUUUUUUCCAGUGAUUGGGAGGAUGUUUGUUACUCCCUAUGCCUGAUGGAAGCAGAAUAAGGAGGGAAACUACAUUCUGCAGCAGAGAAAGCUUUCAAAGGCUAAAGCCCACGCAGAGAGUAUUUGUAGUUUAUCCUCAAGGUUACAAAGGCAGCGAUGAUAGCAGCAAGAUUCCAGUCUUCAACAUGAGGAGCAGGCUGUUGUAGCCAAUGUUGUAGAUAAAGGGGGCUCCUAGCAGCCAAAGCCGUGUGCUCCCAAGAAAUCAGUCAUGCACUGGGGCAAAGCACAAAAUAACAAGCGUUAUUUACCAUGCCUAAGCUCACCCCUCAUUAAAGCACAUUUGUGGGGGUUGAGGAGAGCAAGGUUACUUCCUUCCUUCAAAGUUCUAAGCAGCUGAAUUGGUUUUCUUCUGACUGUUAAAGGACAGAGAUGAUUCUUUGUUCUUGAAACCAAGCAAUGAGUUUCCUCCCUCCCCUGCCUCCCCCUGCCCAAUUAAAACUGUGUUGUGACUGUGAUUUGGUUCUAGAGGUCUCCUGCGAGAGUGGAAGUUGCCUCUGCUUGUUCAUGGGUGAUGUUUUCUCCUUCAAGACCCAUCAUGCCACUUCAUGCCAUUCUGAAAGGCUUCUCUGGAAUGGCUUUUGCAUGCAUGAGGGGCUGUGUGGGGAGGACCAACAUACAGGGCUGAAGCAGAAUUGGGCGUUGGUAACAGUGGUAACAGUCACCCACACCUACCCCUUGUGUUUGAGCAGAAGCGCUUUCCAUUUAACUCAGGAUUGUUGUUUUUUUUUGGGGGGGGAGGUCUUUGGAUCCAAUCCUCUAUGUUGUUUAAUAUAACAUAAAAGAAAUGUGAGUGGCAGGAUAUCCAUUUACAUGAAUCACGUUGCAAAGCUGCUACCCGCAUCUGAUUGUCAUUUAUCCAACCGCACGUUUUUCAUUGCUCCUGCCCCUUUUCUUUUCCCCCUAACUGGGGGUUGCGGGGGGGUGGGGGGAGGAAGGAGGAAUACACGAAGGCACUUAAAAUAAUUAAGGUAGUUCUUUACUUGAGAAAACUGCUUUGUAUGCAUGUCCACAGGUUAGCCAUUGUCAUUUUUACUGUUCUCUGCUAUGCCAGCUGUUCUCUGUUCUCUAGAGUUGGAAGAAAAAUGGUGUGCAGGUUUCAAAGCAUAAUUUUUUGAGAGCUUUAUUUUUAAUUAUUUUGUGGAGGAUGGGGAGGAGGUAGAUUAAGAUGGAUUUCUGAUGCGCAGGGAACUGAUGUGUACGUUUAACAAGUGGGGGGGGCAGCUGAAGUGCCAUUUAGGCAUGCUUCCAAAUCUUUGCCUCUCAAGUGAAGGCGUCUGCAAGUCUUCCUUGCACUGGGAUCUCGGGAGGGCAUCUCAGGUGCACUGAUCUCUCUGUGCAUGAGAUUUGCAAAUAGUGGCACUGGAGGUCUUUCUCUGCAACCUUUCUUUUGUUUAAUUUAGAUGCUGAGGUUUGAACCUGGAACAGGGGUAGGCAACCUAAGGUCCGUGGGCCGGAUGCGGCCCAAUCGCCUUCUAAAUCCGGCCCGCAGAUGGUCCGGGAAUCAGUGUGUUUUUACAUGAGUACAAUGUGUCCUUUUAUUUAAAAUGCAUCUCUGGGUUAUUUAUGGGGCAUAGGAAUUUGUUCAUUAUUUUUUUUCCAAAAUAUAGUCCGGCCCACCACAUGCUCUGAGGGACGGUGGACCGGCCCAGGGCUGAAAAAGGUUGCUGACCCCUGACCUGGAAGCAUUUCCUGGCAAAGCUCUGCUAUGAAUCUCUGGCCUCUAGAACAGGAGUGGCCAACCUUUGGCCCUCCUGGUGGUGCUGAACUACAGCUCCCAUCAUGCUUAGCCUUUAGCCAUGGUGGCGGGAGCUGAUGUGAGUUGGAGUCCCAGCAAUCUCUGAAGAGCCAAAGGUGCAGGAACUUGGUGCAGGGAAAUGACGUUUCCCCGCUCUGUGAUGUGUUGAUCAGCUGUCCUGCCAUGUCCUGUGUAGAAUCCCCUCAGAUAAUUUGGAUGGCCUUCUAUAGGCUAAAGCUACAUCGGGGUGGGGGGUGGGGAGAGGAGGUUGGCCUAGCAUUCCAAAAGUGUAUGCUCUCAAUUUUAGUUAAUUACAAAAACUGCCUAGAUAGCUGACCCAAUGAAGCCAAGCAGGGCAAAGGGAGCAAAAGGAUAUUUGCAAGGCUGAAGUUGUAAAAUUCCCCGCCCCGCCCCCCCACCCUCAGAUUUGGUGCUUAGGUAUAGUCUAUUCAUAAAGCACCACUAGCUUUACUGUGCAUUGAGAAACUGGUAAGCACACUGCAACACAUGAGGGGACUUGCAGAGAAUUCUUAUGCUGUGCUUUCCAAAAGAGAAUUUCCAUGACACUUUCCCAACCUGAGCUUUCCUUCUCCCUCCUGCAUUGCCACAGUGUCUGAGGAAGUGGGAAGAAUUCAGCACCACACACUUCUGAAUCUUCUGUCGGUGCAAGCAUUCCAGCUUGCCGCACAGAAUGACCCCCCUCUCCGCCCCCCCAGUGUGGUUCCAGGAGUUCUCAUGCCUCCCAACCAAUUUUGGGGCACACAGAGGAGGAGGAGAGGGGGAAGCCCUGUUGUCCAACUGGAAGUCUUACUCAGGGCUUUUGCAGAUGGGACUUAUAUGUUGAAUCUCAACCUCUGUUUUGUUGGGAGGGGAGGAACCAUUUUUUGACCUUAGUGUCCCUCCUUUGAAGCACCAGUGAAAUAUCAAGUCCUGCUAAAAACCUGGUACUGUAAAAUAAGUUGUAGGAAAGCGACAAGCUGUUCUGUUGCUGUGUGAGACAAGAGUAAUACUGCCACAUGUUGAGAAGUGAAAAUUGUUUGUGAACAACUGAAAAAUGUGCAUAGUGUUGAGAUGGGUUUUAUCCUUUUGUGUGCUUUUUAAAAUAAUAAAUCUGUAUUAAAAAUGCAAAUUGUUAACAGGUUCUUGAUCUCCCCCUUUUAAUUGGGGUAGAAAGUAUUUUUUUUUAAAAAAAAUCAGAACAGUUCAUUUUGAAAGCAAUAUAUGGGUGAUAGAAUUGACUUCUACUUCCUGCAGAUUUUAUACGAAACCAUUAAACAUUAACUUGAAUCCCAUAAUGCAGAGUUAGUGUUAUUGCUCACAAAGGCUGUAGUCCUUAGCACUUCAAAGCAAGGGCCAUUGACUUCAUUGGGGCUUGUUUCCAAAUAAGCCCAGUUAAAAUUGGGUUGAAAGUCCAUUAAAGAGCCUGGUGAACCAGAAGUGGACUUGUCUAAAGGAAACCAGUGCAAACUGAGAAUCUAAAACAGAACACAGCUGUUAGUUAGAAUGAAAUCUGUAAUUAACUAUCCGUGAGUGUAGUUGCUUCACUAAGAGAUGCUCGUUGCUUCACUAAAACAAAUGUUAAAACUGUGUCUUCCAAGCAUGGGUCAGAGGGAGUGACUUUAAAAACUUGGAUUUCUGAAGUACAAUUGUUUUCCCUUUUUCUUUGGAAGAAGUCUUCAUUUGCAAAAUGCAAGCUUGCAUUCACUUUGCAUCAAAUUUCUGGAUGCCAGCAAAGCUCUACUAUGCAUCUUUUAUUUGGGUUACUACAGUAAUGAAGGAGGAAAAUUGCUACCUGGUUUCUACAAAAAUGAUAGGCCUUUAAAAGAAAAUGAAGCUCUUGCAUUACCUGCAGAUCUUCAGCAGUGAGGUCUAGUGAAGACUUGGGGGGAAUAUACACCAGGAAUUUCUUCAAAAUUCCCAGUAAAAUGAAUGGGAGCAAUGAAAGAGCAUGACUGUGUAAUUCCUGGAGCCAGGGCAGAGUAAUUUCCUGGUGGAUUUGUGUUGGUAGAAUGCAGUUGCUUCCACUUUAUAAAGAGCUGUAUAGAAUAUAUAAAUAUAGCACGGUGUGCUUCCCAAAGCUGUUUCUAAUUGUUUUAAUUUAUUGUUUCACACAAUUCUUAGCUGCCUUACAGAAAGGCAGGGUAUCCAUUCUCUUAUAAAUUAAAGGAUGGAGGUGGGAGAGGUUGGUUUUUGUUUUGUUUUUUAAAAAAGAAUAGAACACAAUGCACCCCCCCAAAAAACUCAGACUUGUAUUCGCUAACAGGGAGGACUGGGUUAAACACCCUCGGUUGAUUCCAUGUAAACCUGAAUACAUUAAUUAUUCUUACGCAUUUACUAGCUGGAUGCUGUUCAAGUCAAUGACCUGUAGGUGUUCUAAUUUCAUGACAACAUUGUAAUUACUUGGGAAAAACAUUAAUUCUGGAGAUACUCACCACUGUUCUGGAACAGUUUGCUGUUCUUGUUGUUGCGUUUUUCUUUUUUAAAAAAGGAACAGUCCAGUUAGCCAGCAGUCAGAUUGUUGGUUUUGUUUUGUUUUGUUUUAAAAAAAGAAUCUUAAAAAGCUGUUUAAAAUGCCUGCAUUUUGCAUCCUUAGCCAUCUAUUUGUGUGUUUCGUUUUAAUUUACGCCUCUCUUCCUAUUGUGAUGUGAGGCAGAUGGAAGGAUUAUAUCUAAGAAACACAUCAAAGGAGGGGCCCCUCAAUCGUUACUGUAUACUCAAGUAAACAAGGCUAUUUUGCAGGGAGUGAAUUGUAUUUGAGCUUUGUUAUUUAUUUAUUUUUGCAGACCAGUAACUUGAGUUCUGCACUGCGUGAGACAAACCUUUCUACCUUCUGUCUUGCUCGGUGCAGAACUAAGAAGCUGGGUGAUUUUAUGAAGGGCAGAUAAUAGUUUUGCUUGAAGUUUGGGUGGUCAACAAGGAAUAUUGUCAAAGUUGUUACUGGCAGCCUGUAGACCAGAAUUGCUGCAGAGGCUAAAUCCAAAUUUUAAUCAAGACUUGGAGGUCAUACUUUUUUGUCUAUCGCUAAAUAACACAAAAUUGUUUUAAAAGAUCAAAAUAUUACGUAUCAGGUUUUCUUUUGCAUUUAGUAUCUUUCCUUUGGCAUUGGAUGUAGUGGUUAGAAGUAGAACCUGGGAGACAAGAGUUCAGAGGUCACUGGCUGACCUUGAGCCAGUCACUGUCUCUAACCCCAACCUACUUCACAGGGUUGUUGUGAGGAUAAAAUAGGAAAGGAAGAACCCCCACUUUGAGCUCCUUGGAAGAAAAGUGUUAUAUAAAUGAAGUGAAAAAAUAACAAUAAAUAAAAAUUAUAGAGGUUGAUCAUCCAUGAAAGAGCCAAGCAGUGCAACAAAGUUUAUUUAAUGGUUUAUUUAUUGCAUAUAUACCCCACCUUUUUCUCCAAGGAGCUCAGUGUGGUGUAUACACAGUGUUAGAAACUGAGAUAUGAAAGCUAGGAGCUAAAUGGCAGCUUAAACCUAGGUUAUGGGCACCGCAACGGAGGGUCUAGGCACAGUUUUUUAAUAGCAAGAAUACAAAGCUGAAAAUGAAUGAACUGCAGCUAAAAUAUUGUGUUCAUUUUUCACAUGGUCUAGUCCUUCCCCUGCCCGCCCGCCCUAAUAUUCUUAAGAGGGUCUCUUCUCCAGUCUUCAGAGAGCAGCUGGAAGUGGGGAGGCAGAAAAAGCUCCUCCUUUCAUUCCAGUAGUGGCAGUUUUAAUCUGAAAUCAUAGCCGCAGCACUGCGUCCAGAGCUCAGAAACUGCUCGCAUUAAUGAAAUUCCCUGUCGCAAAACGUGCCUAGAACAAUGGGGGUUUCGAACGCUGGGUGUACAUAGUUCUCUUCCUUUCUCCUUUAAUCCCUGUGAGGUUGAUUAGUCAGAGAGGCAGUGACUGGCCCAAGGUCCCCCAUUGAGCUUCAUGGCUGAGUGGGGAUUUGAACCCUGAUCUCCCAGGUCCUAUUCCAACCCUUUAACCCCUACAUUACCCUGGCUCUCUAUCUCUUAUCCAUCUCUAACCCAGUAUUUUGUACGCCGGUUCUCAGCACUGUCUAGGGAAGAGUAUUUUGCAUCUCCUUGGAAUUGUCUGGUGAAUAAUGAAAGCAAACCCCAACAAUGCAGAAGUUGCCCAUCCUUGAUCUAGUGAAAUGCAUGGCAGAAUGAAAUGAUGUAGUUGCCAUGAAAGCAGCAGUGGUUGUGGGAGAAUCACAGUGAUUUUUUUGAGUUUACAUGUAAAAAUGUGCAUAUACCUAAACCACAGCUUGGUAGUAGUGCAUCAAGCUUGCAUGCAAAAGGCCUGAAACCCUGGAUAGCUGCAGCCAUGCAGUGCAGAGAAUACUGAGCUAUGCUGGCCAAUGGUCUGGCCUGUGUAUAUUUUUAUAUAAUAUAUAAAUUCUGAUACUUAUCUGGAACAGAGAGAACAUAUGUUCUUUUUCCAUUUUGAUUGCAAAUUUAGGGUUAUAGCUGCUUAGGUUCAUUACAAUAAUUAAUAUGGAUAUCAUGAUAUGAUGAUCCAGUAUUAGUUUGUGAGUUCAGACUCUCAGUAGAGAAGAUACUCCAUAUUUUAACUGUCUUCUGCUUGAUCAGAAGAAAGUGAAAAGAUCCAGCUUCAUAAAACAAAAAACCCACAUUCUGCAUUUGGUCACUUAACAUGCGGUGGUGACCAGUCAAACUAUAAGUGUAUCACAAUUAUUUAUUUGUGUUUGCCUGCUUUGACUACUGAAGAUUCUGUUUGGUUUCCUCCUCCUUUCUGUCAUUCUCGUCUGAGUCUCAGUUCCAAUUGUUUCAUGAUUGACACGCCAGCAAGAUUGACAGAUACCCCUUAGAGUCUGAUGUCUGGAGGUCGCAUAAGCAAUAAUAGAUUCUGUUCCAGAUUUUAGCAUCAAAUAUUGGCUUUCAGUGUCAAAGGGGUUAAAGUUAAAUGCUGAUUGACUGUGUCUAAGCUGAAGCCACAAGCAAAAAGCAUCCAUGGGAUCUUGGUAUUGUGCAUUUGAUGUAAUCUCCGAAGCACCAUGUGGAAGAUUUAUAAAUGAUCACAUUUUGGUAAAUUACUACUAAGUGAAUAAAAUGCAACACAAUCAGGUGUCCUUGCACAUGAGUGUGAAAUAACUUUGAUUGGAAAAGCCAGAAUUUAUUGUAUGAGAUAGUAUCUCUACAUUUGUACAUGUUUAUGUACUUGAAUCUGGAAAGGUCAAAAUGCAUUUAGUUUUGUUUUUUAACUAUGUAAAAUACAGUGUAUUUUUUUAAGUUUCCUGGGCUAUUGCUUAUAUGUGCACAUGAUCACUUGAUCUCUGAAGCCUCGAGCGUAUGCAGUGUCUUCAUGAGAUGAAUUUAUUGUGUUCACAGAUAAGAUAUUCUGCAGUGGGAACGAACUAGAUAGAAUAUCCCAGUUUAUAGCCCAUAGCAGCAAAACCUCUAAUCCUCAAUGGCAGAAACACUUCCCUGUUUCUUACUCCACCUUUACCCCUGCUCUCUGCUGCAAGAUUGUCAGGUUAGCCUGACGACACAUCAUGCUUGAGCAGUAUAAACUGGCAUCUAUUAUGCUAAUGCACUUCACAGUCAUGGCAAAAGAGUCCACAAUGCUUUUGGCUGGCCUUGACAAAUGCUCACCUUCUGUGCAACUCUGUGCAUGUUUGCUUGGAAACAAGUCCUGCUAUGUUCAGUUGGGUGGGCCGGCAAAGCUUUUAUUUUAUUUAGUUAUUUUUAAAACAUAUGUGUAUAUAUAGAUCAUUUUUUAAAAAGCAUUUUACAAAAAUGCCCACAAGCAAGUCUUAAUACAAUUUAUUUGUAAAGUUUUUAAAAUUAUUUAAUUCUGUAAUGUAUCUAAAACAGAACAAUUAUAACGGAUGAAAAUUAAAAGUUGAAAAACAAAACUAUACAAUAGGAACAUUGAAUGAGUAGUUGCACAUAAGUCAAAGUAAAGACUAUCAGCAUUAUCAGAUCAUGGAGUAUCGUUCCUGAGUUUUCAGAUCAGAGUUUUCUUUCUCCUAGAUGGGCUACCUUCCCAAGUUGACAAGCCCCAUUUGCCCCUCACUUCUCUCUACAGCCAUAGCUGUCAACUUUUUCCUUUUCUUGCGAGGACUCCUAUUUGGAAUAAGGGAAUUUCCCUUUAAAAAAGGAACCGUUGACAGUUAUGCUCUACAGCACAUACAGAAACUGCCCUGUGGGCCAUUGGACCAACUAUUAGUCUCAUCCACUCAAUAUGCCAGAGCCUGUAGUCACAUGCUGGGGAAGUCCCUAAUUCACCAAGGGCUUGAGACCCAUAGGCUACCCUCACUUAGUUUAACUGGCCAGUUGAAGCUGUUUCCCAUGGUGUGUUAGGGGAGGGGUAGUACCUCUGGUGGGAGACAACAUCAUGCUCUUUCAGGGGUAGUUUGUCCACCUUUGGCCCCCACCCUGCACUUGGCUCUCACCAGUGGCUCCUAGAAGCUGUCAGCAUGCAAUCAAAUUAUGUACUUCUGUAAAAUACCUCACAUUGAUCUGUGCAAAUAAGCAACUGAGUUGGAAUGGUGUCUUGUGGCAGCCAUUGAUAGCAUGCAAUUGCACACUGUAGGAAGCCAGCAAGGAACGUAACAUUUCAAAAUCUGCAAACACAACAUUUUUAAUGAUCUCAAUUACAUUUUCAUGAGCGUUAACAUGCUGCUCCAGUGCAACUUCUUCAUAGUUCCGCUGUUUUGACUAUGUCAUGGUGCACAAUUGUCAUUCAUGCUGUUUUCUCUCAUGUGUAAUGAGUGUCACUAUUUUAAAUAUUUGAUUGAGUCAGCACAGGAAUACCCCCUCACCCAAAGUGAUUAAUUGAUAGGGCUUGAAUCUAAUCAUAUAAAAUGGUGUCAUUGCAGCCAGCUGUUUUCAGAUGCUAAUACCACUACAUUUCUUUUAAAGGAUGCCAGACAACUGUAUGUAGAAUAUAAAGAAGCAAAAAUGAAGGAGAAAGAAGAGGCCCUGGCUAGAGCUGAACUGGAAACACUUCAGAGUAAGUUUUUAUUUUUAUUCACAGUCUUGAUUACAUAUACCCAUAUAUGACUGACGGCGGGGUGGGGUAAGAUCACAGUUUCUCUCUCACAAAUGUAUUCUCUGUGUUGCAGCAACUGCAGAAAACAGGAUUGCUCUGAACCAACUUCACUGUAGUACGAAGUUGCUGCAUAAUAACAUUUUCAUUUCUGAAUUCUCUGUAGAAAUUUUAAUGCACACAAACGAAUUGGUUGAGUAACAAAUAACGUUGGGCAGAAAUGCGAUAGAAAUACUAAUAAUUUGCAAGAGAAAAUACCUAAGAAGUCUGCAGUGAAAUAGCAGACACCGAGAGCCUGCCUUGGUUUUGUGGCUGCCUGGAAAUAAUUCAAAUAAUUGGUGGUGCAUUUUAUAGCAGUUCCAAAUUGGUUUGACUUCUAAGUAUUCUAAAAUGCACUCAAAAUUAUAUGCACCUGCAGAAAUUGUAGAUGCAAAACUUAUGAGGCAAAGCUGUGACCCCUUUGAUAUUUUGAAUUAGAACUUGGAGAGACAACUCUCUUGACUGCUUAAUAAGCAUGAUUAACUGCAAUAUAUAACUUACCAUCCCAUUAGGAAAAGCUGUGCCUAAUUUACUUUUUUCGUUACAACCCACACAUUUUACAAAUUUUGAGUUUUCAAUAUUUCUGUGUAUAUUAUUACCUUUUUGUGCUAUUGUACACUUUCCAGUUUGCUUCAUUUUAUGUCCGUAUUUUGACCCUGGAAAAUACCUGUUUUCAUCCUUUUCUGUUAUAGGACAAACAUUAUGCAAAGUAACUUCAAAUUGUAGCUGUCUAGUUAGCACUGUCCUGUGUGGCUUUCCCCCACAAAAAGUGAAUGUUAAUGUUUUUGUCCUGUAUAUAGUAUAAAGUAGGACAUGAGGUUGAUUUAUUUAGAGGGAUUUGCACUGGAGUCUGAGAUAGCUUUAAUUGGGUUAAUGAUGCUUAUUAUCUCAGCUGAUAAUGAUAAAACAAAUUGCAUGGCAUAUCUUAUUUAUGUAAUUACACAAUCCCACCCAAUUUUCCUCCAAGGAGCUCCGAAUGGCUUCCAUAUGACUCCCACAAACCCAUUUUAUCCUCACAAGAACCCUGUGAGGUUGGUUAGAUGGAGGGAUGAGUGCUGAAAGGUCAUUCUGUGUCAGCUUCAUGCCUGAGUGGGGCUUUGGGCUUUGGGUCUCCAUGGUCUUAGUCUGACAAUCGAGCCACUAAGCCACAUUGGCGGUCACUGCCAACUGUUUGAAAAGAACACUGGAAGAAUGUGGAUUCUUUAAAGCUUUUAUUUAGAAUUACUUAAAAAAUCUUAGCCGUUUAAUUUACACAUUUUCAUAUUAUGGGUUUAAAACUUUUAUAAACUGAAAAUCCCUAAAUGCCCAUUCCAUUUAUCCCUGUCUUCAGCUGUAAAGUGUAUAUCAUGCUUCAUUUUGAGCUAUAGAAUCCAUUUACAGUGGUACAUCCGGUUGCGGACAGGAUCCAUUCCGGAGCUCCGGUCGGAUCCCGAGGUUUCCACAACCGGUGGGACCGCUUCUGUGCAUGCAGUAGAGCGCUUCUGCGCAUGCACGCAUGGCAAAACACUUCCGGGUUUGCCGCUUCCGUAACCCAAAGUUUACGUUACCCAAGGGUAAUGUAAGCCAAGGUGCUAUUGUAUAUCUCUUACUGUGAAGCCUAUUUAGAGUGAAUCCUGCUCUGAACCUGAAAACCCAUCCUGUGUUGUGUUGCUUGGGUAUACUAGACCAGAGCAUUAUAGAAUGGCUGUGUUUGGACAUAACACUGAACUAGAGAUUCCUGUUAUGUGAACCUUGGGCUUGUGAAGUCUUUUCCUCUGGCAGGUUGUGAGGAGGAGCUUCUGAUUUCAGUUAACUGCAUUGUGAUGCGUGGUAUGCUUACCCUGGCAAAUUCUGGUUAGUCUUAACUAUGGCUUAGGGAAACAAGCCAACUUCAAACUAACUUCAUUUCUUGGUCCUCCAAACAGUGGGACUAACCACACUUCCGUGUUCAAACAUACCCCACAAAUUGUGGUUAGUUGAAAAUGGAAGCAAAGGUUUUCAAUAUUUUGGGAAGUGGAAAGGGAGCACCCAGGUCUGAGUCUCAUGCACAUAACACAAAACUAUGGUUUAAUGUUAUGUCCAAAGACAUCCAUUGUUGUGUCAUAUAUUAAAAGCUCUGUGUGCAUCUCAUUCAUAUAUAUAUAUAUAUUUCCAUUAAUUACACAUGGGGGGGGGAGUUUUUGAUUAUUCUGUUCUGAUGAUUGCUGCAAACUUGCCUGAGGACCAUGUUUGAAAGGCUAGGUAUAAGAAUACUUAACAUUUUUAAGGUGGUUUUGAGUGCUUCACACUCUUCCCAGACAUUACCUUCUUAUCAAUCCUUACAGUAAUCCAGUAAAGAUACAUCUAAAUUAACUCCAUACUGCAGUUGGUAGAUGUGUGUAAGACAACUAGAUAGUUAGCUCUUGCCUUGAUUCUCAGCUAAAUGGAAAAUUUGCAAACGUUCAUGAUUUGGGCUUAUUUUAUUAUCAAAUGAGUGGUAAUUGCAGGUAUCAAGCUGUAAAAGAGAAAGUACAAAUAAGCAAUUUAACAAUAAGCUGCCUCCCAGUUGUUCAUCGUGUGAAAAGCUGUUGUGAUAUAAAAGUAUGCUGCCAUGGUUCCAAGAAAAUUUGCUGUGAAACGUUAACUCCCAAAAAGCACAUUGAAAAUCAAGGUACGAGGACUUUGACUAUUCUAGUGAAAUAAGCCCUCUGAUCAUUAAGGGAGCAAUCCUAAGGCAAGAUCCACUGAAAGGAACAGCUUAGGAGGCAACGGGUCUCUGGCUCAGCUGGCUGAUUCUGGGCUCAGCUCGCAUUCAUUCUCCAACCCUGGCUUGGCUGAGGAUAUGCUGGCAUAACUUGCUGAGUUGGAUGAGCCAAAACUGACUAAGCUGAAGCCAGUACAGUUGUACCUUGGAAGUCGAACAGCUUAGUUCUUGAACGUUUUGGCUCCCGAAUGAUCAAAACCUGGAAGUGACUGUUCCGGUUUUCGAACGUUCUUUUGGAAGCCGAAUGUCCUAUGGGGUUUUCGCGGCUUCCAGUUGGCUGCAGGAGCUUCCUACAGCCUAUCAGAAGCCGCGCUUGAGUUUCUGAACAUUUUGGAAGUUGAACGGACUUCUGGAACGGAUUCCGUUUGACUUCCAAGGUGUGACUGUAUAAGUCCUAGAAAGAGAGCAUUCUGGGAGCAUGGCAUGGCAGCACCAAAGAGAGCCCAUUCCUAAGGCCGUUCAGCUCAGACUUUUGAACUAGCGUCCUGGCAUAAAACACUAUUUUAAAGGCUUGUUUUCUAUCUGCCAGGCUUAGGCAGAGAAGCAGCAGCAUUCCUACUGCUGAACAGGGUUUGGUUCUGGUUACACCGGCUUAAGUUACCCCAGCUUGCUUUACGCCAGCUUCUUGUGUGUAGGAUUGCUCCCUGCAUGUCUAAAAUCCAAGUUGUAACCUCUUUUUUUGCAGCUGUGAUCUAUAAGCGUGACAACAGCUUUAUAAAAUGUGGGUGCAAUAGGUGUUUAAAUCAUGCUUCUGGGCAGAGUUUGUGAUUGUAGGUCUAAUUUUGUUUUGCAGAGGAAAAGAAGCCUAAAGUCAAGAAACCAAAAUCUGAAUUUCCUGUAUACACUGUGGCAGAGACAAAUGCAUUUAUACCAUCGUAUGAUCAUGGCGCUUCAAUUGAAGAGGUUGAAGAACAGUUGGAUGAUUGGUUGGAGGAAAGGAACAAAUCGCUAAAAAGGAAGGCAAGCAUAUCUAUUUUUCUAAAAAUUAAAUAAAGUGUUUCAAGUCCAGGCAAGAAAUGGAUUGCUCAACACUGUCUUGCCUUUCUGGACAAAUCAAUAAAUACCAAUAAAAUAACAACAACAACAUCUUCAGUAAAAUAGUCUUAAAAUUAGCAAUUGAAAAACAAGAACAGCCCCCUCAAAUAUUUUAUUAAGGGUGGGGCCAAAGGGACCUUGGCCCCUAGGAGUUGGCCCCUAUGUGGCCAUCCCAUCGUUGCUAGUGUAAGGAAGUGUCUGCACCAAUCUUUUCCCCCCCCCAGGAGUAAUAAAUUGUGAGAGCAGUUGCUUUAAGUUUUGCAGUCAUACUCCUGAUUACUGAGAUCAUGCUUUCCAGGCAAGGGAGGGACAAAAAGAAAUGGUUUCUUCUUUCCGGGGGUAGGUGGGGGCGGUGAAUGUGCUGAUGGAACUAAUUGCCAUUGAACUGAGUUCGUUUUAAUCAUCGGGGGAAAGGCACUUAAACCCCAGUCCUAUGCAUUGUUUUGUUUUGUUAUCUGGACUUGCGAUUGUAUUCGUUGUUGCAUACUAUAUCUACAUGUUCAUUCGCCCACUGUUAAGAGUGUUGCACUUUAAUGCAUGCAAAUUCUCUCCUUGUGUAUGAAAAUCCAUGCAUGUUCUUGUGAGAUUGGCUGUGCAAAUGUAAUUUCCCCCCUUCUCUCUCUCUCUCUCUCUCUCUCUCUCUCUCUCUCUCUCUUUUUUUUUUUUAAAUAACCUGAUAUACACAUCAGGAAAUGGGACUGGUUUGCUCCAAUAAGAGCUUGUUCCAUUGGUCCUUAUGGCAGCUGUGUGCUAAAUGUUCAAAGUUUAAAUUUUUCAGUUUUCUGUAUUCUGCGGUGCUUACAUUAGAUUUCCUCUUGUAAAGUUUUGUGGGUCGGAGAAGGGUCCUUGGCAGGGAGGAAGUGCAAGAGUGAGUGGUUUGUUUGACAUUAGAACAAAAAACUCUUCAAAGUGGGCAUUACUAAGACAUGAAAGACAGAUGGAUUCGUAGGUGUGUGGCUCUACAUGAGCCUAAUAAGGCAAUUGUGAUUGGCAGCAAUUCAUUUACCGCACAUUGAGGAAGUGAGUCUUGGGCACGGCAGGGAAGCAAAAGUGACCAUUAUCUUGGAUUUGCAGAGCGUAUUGCCAGUUACCAAUGCAUGAAGGAAGCCCAAAAUUUUACACAUUUUAGAAACCUUCUAAUGAACCAUGUGAUUUUUGUUGAGGGCUUUAUAAGACUGUGGCAUCUGCUUCUUUCCAGCGACCAGUGUUGCUCAUCUGCAAAAUGGAAACCUAUUGAAAUUCAAAUUCAUUUAAAUGUGUGUGCCUAUCCCACCAAAUUCUACUCUGAGAAGGCCCACUGAAAUUAAUGGACCUGAGUUAGUCAUGGCUUUUAAUUUCACUGUGUCUACUCAUGAGUAUGACUACGACUGGAUGCAGCCCAUGGUCAAACACCUGCGGUUGGUGAUCUAAGGGGACAGCUCUUUGCUUUUAUGUGAAACACGCAAGAAUCUCUUGGCAGAGCUUGCUUGUUCCUCCGCAUCAUAUUUUCUCGUUCGUUUAAAUACGUUCGAGUUGCUGGCAUCGUCACAGAAAUAGCAAUCAAAACAGUGAGAAUGUGUUCAGCUUGAAUCCCAGAUCAGGUUUGCCAAAACAUGCUCUCUCUCUUCUCUGACUCCAGUUAAUAAUAUGGUGGCUCCUUAGAUGGACAGCGGGAAGGUAUACAAUUAAAUGGCAACAGAGUAAUAUGAUAGGUGUCUUAAUAGUAUAGACAGAGCAACAAACCCAUUUGAUGAAGCAGGCAAGACAAUGACAUUUAUAUCUCAAAGUAUCCCUUAAACCCUAGCAACAGCCUUUCUACAAUACCAUUCAAAGAGAAACCUGGCCGCAGAUAAAUACUAAGUAGAAGCUCACUCCAAACAAGGUGAGCUGCCUGUCCCUGCCUUCUCUGAACUAGAGCUAAAGAAAAUCCCAAAGUAAUUGUCUAGUGCGCACGCAGCAGAGGAAACAAAAUUGUACGUGAUCAGACACCACCACCCUUUAGAGAGCUUCCCAAAAACAAUACAUUACCCUAGAAGAAGCAUCUUGCAAAACGAAAUCAUUUCUGGUUCACCAUCAAUGUGUUCAGUUUGUUACAGCUCUUGUCUCACUUACCCUCUCAAAAGGGUGUCAUUGUCACUUGCGAGGGAAGUUGCUUGUUUUUGAAAAGGGCAGGUUUUUCAGGAACUUCUAAAAUUAAGCCAAGUCCAAAUAACAUUUUUUUUUACAGAUUAUGAAAAAGUGAAAUGCUUAGAGAGAAGGCAUCCUUUCCCCAAUAUACAUGUAACACUUCUCCUUCCUCUCUGCAAUACUUGCAUUAACUAGCAUAGCUCGGUUGGUAGAGCACAAGACUCUUAUUCUCAGGGUCGUGAAUUCAAGCCCUGUGUUGGGCAAAAGAUUCCUUAAUUGCAGGUGGUUGGACUAGAUGGGCAUCAUGGUCCCUUCCAACUCUACAAUUCUAUGAUUCUAUGAAAAUGUUCAGUGAAACCUGUCAAACAUGAAUAGACAUGCUCAGUACGUAGGAUAGGAUAUUCAGCGCUCAGGCAUGGCCAGAAAUUGAUAACUCAAAGGAAUUGUUAGUUAAUGAAUAUCUAGCCCUCAACUUUUGUAGGACAGAGUGAACUAAAAUUCCACCCUGAAUAACUGUUUGUGGGUUAUUUUUAGCCAAAAGUCUUUGUAUAGUCUAAAGGUUGAACCAAGUUUCAAACUUAGAAAACCCAUUAUAUAGGUAGUGCUCCUUUUGGAUAAACAAUAUCGAGCCAUCUGCAUAUUCCUGCAUUGCAGACUAGAUGGCCGUUGGGGUCCCUUGCAACUCUACAAUUCUUUUAUUGUAUUUACACUUAAACUACCUGAAAAUAAUGAAUCCUGAGUUCUUAAAAUUAUUUUAAUACAUUUUAAAAUUUUGCUUUUUCUACAAGGAGCUUGUGGUGGCCUAAGAGGCCUCACCCAACCCAAGUGCCUUCCCCCCACUCUUCAACAAGCCUAUGAGAUAGGUCAGGCUGAGAGAGGGCAACUGGCCCAGGGUCACCCAAUGAGCUUUUUGACUGUGUGGGGAUCCUUUUUAGAUGUAGCCCAGUAUUCUGGUCACUACACCACCCUAGCAUGGAAUCAAUUUGCCUUGGUCGGUCCUGUAUGUUAAAAUGAAACCACAAAAUAAAUUAAAUUAUUUGGAAGUGAUGUUGCCACCUGUCUUUGUUGAUGAAGAAAUGCCAUGCUACAACAUAGCUAGGUGAAACUGAGUUAAAAUCUGAAGGGAGAAAUCUCUCUUGAGUCUCUUGUCGAGCCUUCUUCAACAUGUGCCCUCCAAAUGCUGCUGGAUUCCACUCUCAUAUCCCUGAUCUGACUUGUAGUCUGAAACAACUGUGGGGAGGAAUCAGGUUGAAGAAGGCUAUUCUAGUGGUGAUGGGGCAGGGCAGGGGAAGGCUGGUGCCAGCAUUCAGAAGAGAGUUUCCAAAGGAGGAAUAAACCACUCAAGGUCCUUGACUUUCCCAAUUUCUGUGUCUGUUCAGCUACUCAGUUUAGAGAUCUUAGUUGAUAAAUCUUAUAUGAGUUUUAGUUGGCCAAUCAGUUGAUUAAAUCACAUAUAUUUGCAUAUGAAUAAAAAAUACUUCUGACAUAGGAGGAAACACACUUCCCUUGUUUUUUGAUGAUAUUUACAUGUAUCACAGCAGGUAGUGUCUCAACUACCUGCAUUUCCUCACGGAUGAGAGGCAAAUUCCUCUUCUGAGAUGAUGUCUGAAACAUGUAUGCUGCUUUUAAAAAUUACGCUCAUGGCCUUUCUCCUGGGCAUAGUCAGCCAAUUGGUGCCAAAGAAGGAUAGAACUUUCUUUAUGUAUGCCACAACAGCAGCAAGAAUACUUAUUGCAAAGUAUUGGAAGACACAAGAUUCACCCAACCUGGAAGAGUGGCAGAUGAAGGUGAUGGACUAUAUGGAAUUGGCGGAAAUGACUGGCAGAAUCCGAGACCAGGGAGAAGAGUUGGUGGAAGAAGAUUGGAAGAAAUUUAAAGACUAUUUGCAGAAAUACUGUAAAAUUAAUGAAUGUUAAAAUGAUGUUGGAUUGAAAAUAAGUGGUUUUGGUAAUAAGGUUAAAAAGAAUAUGCAAAUACAGAUAGUCAUAUGGACAAAAAUAUAUAGUUAUAAUAGGUUAAGUCACAGAGUAAAGAUAAGUGAAAGAGGGUAAGGAUUUGCUGAAAGGUUUUUGUAAACGGGAAUACAAAAAGGGGAGGUGUGAGGAGGUCAAGGAAAUAAGUAAAUGAGCCUAAAGAUAUUGAAAAAUGGAUUUUUCCUUUUUUUUUUUUAAGCCAUCUGUUUUUUGUAUUUUGUAUUUCCUUUUUUUCUCUCUUCUAGGAUUUUUUUUCUUUUUUCUUUGGUAAUUUUUUGUAUUUUUCUUGUUAUCUUUUUUCUUUUUCUGUCUAUGUUUUUUUUUAGUUUGUUAAACCUAUGUUUAUUGUAAAAUCCUAAUAAACAUUUUAUAAAAAAGUAAAUAAAAUAAAAAUUACGCUCAUGCUAGCACACAUGGAAGUUUUUUUCUUUUUCUAUUUGUUUGAGUCUCAUUAAUUCCUUUAUUUUAUUUUUUUACAAAAACAUUGUGGCUUCAUUUAUAGUAGAUACAUUUGAAACUAAUGGUAGGUGUUGCUAAGGCUCAGAACUCUUUCCUCUGGGCCUUCUAAACUAUUCCAGCUGUGUUUGUGUAUUGUGAUCUUUCUGGUCAAUCCCGUAGGACGGGGCCUGACUUGUGACUUUUAAAUAUUUGCACUCACCUGAAAUUAUUUUCUUCCUUCCCCCUACUUUUGUCCAGAAUUCAUUUUAUGGCAUGUGAUAAUCUUCGUUAUUUGCAGUCUUUUUAUUUUAUGUUAGUACUUUUCCUCCUUGAAAGUCAGACCUGUUUAUCAUUGCUUUUGAAGGGUACAAAAGCAUUUGUGCAAAUGUAUGUGCAAUACUGGACCAAGACAGGAAGGAGUUUAUGCCCUAUUCUUUUUUAAAGUAUAGCCUGAGUCAUGAACGUGGAGAUGGUUUUGCAGGUGUGUGUGGGUGUGUGUGGGUGUGAGGGAUGAGGAAGAGGAUAUGGGAAGAAAUUAGACACUUUGUGGGAAACUUAUCAGGCCUUCUCACUUCUUGGCUUUUGCUGUUAAAACCUUUAAAAGAAAACAAACACUCGGGCUUUUAGUUAAUUAAAUCGCUGAUUUCCCUCUCGGCUUGCUGCUGCCAUAUAUGUGCAUGUUGCUUUUGUUUUGUUGCUGUUAAAUUUUGAUUUUGUGUUUUGUUUAUUGCAAGUUUGUGCAUUGCCUCAGGCAACUUGUCGCUAAGCAUAAUGUAAAUCUGAAAGCUUGGACCAGGAACUCCUAGUCUCCUUCUAAUGUGAUGAUAGGAAGAAAUGUGAUUUCAGAGGGUUUGAGUAAGGAUGUGAACCCUCCCGAUUGUGCCUAUUUCCUGCAUUUGAGCAGCCAGUCAAUAAGUUCUGCCUGAUUUCCCCCCCCACCAUUUGCCCAUCCUAGUACUUCAUAUUCUGCAGAGUCCCCGCAAACAUCUCACCUCGCUGUCAAGCAGUUUCAGGAUAAACAGUAAUGCUCCAUGUUUAUUAAGUGCUUUGGGUGCCUUUGCAAGAUUCAGAGAUGCCAUCAGUAGGUUCAUGAAGAAUUAAGUGAAGUUUCCAUUGCAGAAAGCUUUUGGAUUGAUCUCAAAUAGUAAUCCCUAGUUUAAAACUACCGCAUAUUUCAGAGAGUCUUCAGUGGGUUGGUUUUCCCCUGUUUUGGGCUGAAAAAAGUCUGGCUGUCUUCCAAACUGAGCUCAAUAUGGAAUCUCUGCGUGUAUUUAGUGAUUAUUAGAACAUCAUUGCCAUGCUAGAUUUUGUAUAUUCUGUUUUGACUUGGAUUUAAGAGUAGGAUUUUUUAAAGAGCAGUUUAUAGCAUCCCAUAAUAUGUAGAUGUAGGUCUGCCAAGGUCAGUUAGUGCUUUCUUGCCAGUUUUUUUUUUUUUAAUUAUUUGUUAACUAAAUAAUUCACUAACAUAAAUAUAAAACAUCUGAAACACUAAACCAUUCUUAUGCUGACUUUUUUCUUUCAAGUGAACAGAUAACCAGCAGCUAGUUGUGUGUUUCGCUUCUUAGCUCUACCAAACCAAAUUGAUGAUGAUCUAAGGGUAGAUGUUACAAAUGACACAGCGUUGCUGCUGAGAAGGUCCUUGUUUUUAUAAUCCAGCCAAUGAAGAUUCCGCCUUCUUAUAUUUAUGCCUUUAAGGUCUGUUGGGUUCCUUAUGCUCCACCUCAGCUACUGAGAUCUUUCAAUGAGGUUUGAACUCUACCAGGGACUGAGCCUUUAGUGUGACAGAUCCUGCCCCAUAGCACUCCUUGCCGGUUUGGCAGAAGUAAUCUCUUCUUCCUUUCAAGAGCUGUGCUGUUCAGACAGGCCUUUGGAAAAUGUUUUUUUUUUAACUAACUGUUCUUUACAGGUGUUUUUAUUGACGUUAUUGUAGUUUUAUGUUACAAUGCUACACAGAGCCCUGCUAUACAUUUUAUGUAUAUAUUAUAAAGUUUAUAAAUAUUUAAGUAAAUAAAUAAAAUACAUUUCCUAUCUUCCAUCAUGGAGCCCAAGGCAGCACACAUGUGGUUUAUAUAGUUGGCAGGUACUGUCUUCUGUGACCUUGUUUAGUUCUUCUUUUUUAUUUUAAAGCCAUUCAGACAAGUAGCCAUCACCACAUCCUAUGGGAAAUAAAUUUAUUUUGUGGGGUGUGAAUGUUUCAUUUAGGUGGUGUUGAACUGAUGUGGGUGAUGUUGACUUUUUCUUAUGGGAGAGUGAGCACGACUUACCAAAACUUGUGCAUUUUGAAAAUAUUGCUCUUGCUAUAGCCUACCGGCACCUGCCUUAUGACAGGCCAAACACAAUGCAACCCAUAGAUUAUUUGAUCUACAUGCCUGAGUAUCCUAUAAUCAAAUUUACUAAAGAGUAUUUCACAUCUUUUCUGAAUUAAAACAAUUGCCUGGAAGCUAAUCAGAAAUAAAUGAGUUAAUGCUUUCUGCUAAGUGCUACCAAUUAUAUUGGCCUUUCAAUUAAAAAUUGCCUUUUAAUUUCUUUUCCUUAAAAUGGACUUGAGUAUUUAUGAACUAUUUCUAAUUGUGAUGCUUUCUUUCCUCUUGAGCACUUGGUGCAGCAUCAGGAAUUUAUGAUUUGCAGAACAAUAGGAGACAUCUCUCUACAUUGUUGUUGUUUGCAAAAUACAGCAUACACUCCAAUGUAUAUACAAAUAGAUAUUUUCAAUUUAUUCCUUUAAUGUUUUGAAAGUGAAGAAAAUAACAUUGUCUAUCCACUAUUGUAUGAAAAACGUACUGUUAGCACUAAAUAAUAGCCACUUCAAAAGCUGCUUAUAUUUUGAAUUUUUCCACAGUAAAAUAGGAUCCCAAAGGAUUUCUUGUGACUUGAAGCACUGAAACCACUUUUAUGGCUCUGUGCUCAUACUAGAACCCAGCCCUAACACCCAUACAAUAUUCCAAUCCUUCUUCUACCUAUGUAAAGCAUUUUCACGGCACAGGGGGAAGGGAGCUGCUUACAUUUAGCAUUUUAAUGCAAAAGGAGUUAAAGAAUAGUUAAGUCCAAGCUGAACUACUAUUUCUUUGAUGGACAUAGCCAGGCUAAAAUGGUGAUGGGGAGAGGUGUGCCUGGUAUGGUCUAUUGGAGGAGAGGCAGACAGCAAUGAAUAUAAUUGUUUUGUGCUGAACAACUGACAGGCCAUGUGAAGCACAAUAUAUAGGUGAGGUCUUUUUUUUUUUUUACUGUUUUUGGUCGAGAUCAGAAUAUAUUGAAGAUCCAUCGAUAAUGCCAGGCUAAUGUAAGCUGAACCUUACGGCAUGCUCAGUGUGUUAGGCUACCUAGAAACUAAGUUUGUGUUUUGUUUCCAUCUUGCUAUUCACUAUGUCUCUUACUCCCUGCCUUAUACUGGAAGUUGUCUGGAUGCUUUUGAUCACUAGGGUUGACUUUUCCCAAGCUAGGAAUUCCAGCAACAUGUUCCAAGGUUUGUGCAACUGGGAAUAAGGCAAGGACAGAGGCCGGCUCUUGCAUCCAGCAGCAAUCUGCUGGUGGCUUCCCAAGUCCCAGGAUAAAAGCUUGAAGGCACCUCAGUGGCUUAGAGGUUUAUGAGCUUAGAUGGUGGUACUAUACACACAGGUCCCACUCUCUGAACUCAGUGUGUUCACAGGAAAUUGUUCACUAGGUGAGCUAGGUAUAAUGAGCUGGUGCUUUCCGUUACUUCCUAUGGGGACAUUUCUAAUCCGUGAUUUGUCUGUUCUCUCUCUCCUUUCCUCCAUGCUUUCUGCUGAAAACUGCUGCAGCCAAUCAGCAGAAGCCAAACAAAGGAAAAAUGGGUUUUUCUGACCCCUUUUGUUCCUUGAUUUGUCCAGUCUCUCCCCCCGCCCCUGCCUUCUUCCUUAAAUGGCAGGUGCAGGCAGAUGACUCCAUGACACCAAGUCCUGUUAUAAAAUCCUCACUGUGUGAAACCAUGUCAUCCGUGUCUGGAGUCCUAGGACUUUCAAACAGUAGCUUGUUAGCAUGAAUCAUUUCAGAGCCUUUUGGUGAAAACAGAUAGCAUUUGCUUCUUUUUUUAAGUGGUGACCGUAAUACAUUAACAUUGGCUGGUUUGGGCUUUUGAACUGCAUCCAAGCACCAACAUGUUAAACUUGUGAAACAAUUUUGAAGAUUGUUGCAUCUUUUUUUAAAAAAGUAACACUGCGAGUUCAUAAAUGUUUCCAAUAGGACAUGUAGAUUUUUGUAUCGGUACUUUGGUAUGUAUGCUGUGGCUCUGCAUAGAUCUUUAUAUUGCUACCUUUUACUCUCUCUCUCGUUUUUAUUCGUUUCCAUUUAGAAUAAAUUAUGACAGAAUUAUUUAAAAUAGUUACUAGAUCAGAAAUCAGUGAGUUAUGUUUUAAAUUAAUCUGAAAAUAAUACUUUAUUCUUCUAGAACCGUAUCUGAAUUUAACCAUUUUUUUUCAUUCUUGCUAUAAUAAGCAUCUUUACCGUAGAUGAAAAAUGAGGGUUUGUGAAAUAAAUACCAAGGUAUAAUUUUGUUGCUUGCUAGCUAGUGUGUAAUGUCCUCUGCAAUUCUGAGAAUAUGAAAAUGGUAAACAGGGGUGACUAAUUUAGCAUAGCAAAGACUUGCCUGGUUAAUAAUUUGCACAACUGGGCUUUCUUUGUGAUCCUAAUAAAUCUAUAUAUGUUCUGGUUCUUCCUACUGAUAGCCUUUUUGUCAUCUGCCACAUGCAUAUCAAUUGUAGCUGACUUGGAUGAGGUUUAAGAGCAAGAUGAAUGAGUUGCCAAGGGAAUCUGGCCUUAGGUUUUUUGUGGGGGGUUUUUUGGGAAAUUAGUUUUGUCUCAGGACUACAGCAAAUACUGAGAAUGAGCCAGGACUAAAUAAAGCAUGCGUAUAAAAUUGGACCAGUGCAAAUAUAAUUGUGGACACACUAUAGAUCUGGAUAAUAUUACAAGGGCAAUGAUUAUCAACAUUAUAAACAGUUGCCAUCGACGAAAAUGCUGUAAUAGGCUUAUUCUACAUAAUUGAAAACAACUACUAUAAAUUAAUCUGGCCAACAUUGUAAAGUAUUCAGAAACAGCAUGGCUCAGAAAUAAGCGUCUUAAUUACGCUCUGUCUUGAGACCUGGUGGGGAUACUCAGGAGAUAGGAAUGUCAGAAUUGAUAUGUACUUAAUUGGCCUAAUUAAUAAUAGCCUCAAAGUAAAAAAAAUGUGACUGCAAUGCCUGCUUUAAUAGAUUAAAAAGAAGCAGGAUUUUCUUCAUAGAAACUGUAUUCACAUCAAUCAUGUUUGUUGUACCAAUCUAGAUCAAACAUGACUAAAUGGGAGAUUUUUAUGCCGCAAUGUCACAGGCAGUUUAGGCUGCCUGGUUAGAUUGGGAUAAGGUUGUGGAUAGCUGGAAAGUAGCUUGAGUGACAGAGAAAGCAAUAAUUCUCCAUCUCACUAGAGCUGGAUGAGUUCUUUAUGCUGUCGUAAUCCAUUGCUUAUUACUUGUUUGGGAUUCAUAUUCAUAUUCUCUCUUCCUCUUUCCCCACUGCUUCUUUUAAAAGGAAAGAACGGGGUGGGUUUUUCAUACAGAUCCUGUUACGUUAUUAGCCAGUUUUGUUCUAGUACUUGCAAAUUUGUAUGUUAAAAAAUGCUUGCUGAAUUGUACCUUUCAGGGAAGGGCAGGUAUAACAUCUGUGUCAGUGAAAGAUGCUGUACGUAGCCAGGACCGGCAGGGAUUGCUGAGCGCAGUCUUUGAUCCACGCUGCCUAAUAAAGGAUUGCUGGACCAGUGGCGAACUGGGAGGGGCAUGGGAGGGUUUAGGUAGAGAUCUAAGCUGCUUUAGUGCACACCUUCAAGACGUGCACUGAAAACAUCAAACCCAUGCAGGUAUACCUGCCAAGUAGCAAUGAUUACCUGCCUCUUUGGCAAGCGUACCUGUAUGAAGAAGGCAUGGGCUUGAUCUUGUCUGUGUCCAUUUGCACAACGCCGUGUACACGCUCCCUGUGAAGUAUGUACUUCACAACACCAAAGAAUAUAUGAAGUGACAUUAGGCUGCUGGAUUGAGUGUUCAAGUCCAGGGGGCGGAAUCUCAUACAAACAGAGCAGGCACUUACUGCCAAAAAACCUCACAAGAAAUCUGGUAAAAAGGAUCGGUGGGGUGAUUUUUACGUGGAAAUGCAGUAGAAGGAAGAGGUUCCUGGACCCUUUCCUCCUCUCCUUUCCUGCAGCACUUUCAGCUUCAUUCGAAUCACUUUUCUGCUAUGUAGAGGAGGGCUAUAUUAACUACCUACUUUCCCGCUUUGGACCUGCCCCCCCCCCCAGGCUAACAGGCAUUUGGUAGCAACUUAGAUUUGAAGACUCAGAUCUGCUGUUGCUUGUAGCUUCUUCCUGAUAGCCCUGUGCAUCUGCUUUGGAUAAAACAUGAGUUCCACGGCAAAGCAAGCUGCUUCUUAGGUAUUUGGAUCAUGUCUGAACCUCAGCAACUGAUCUGCAAGUGGUUGAAACCAAAGCAGACUGCUCCCAAAUCCUUGGACCUGCUUUAGUGGGUGGUUUGCUGCUGUAAGCCCCACUCAAUGCAUUUUUCUAAAACUUCCUGCAAUCAUUCCAUAAAAGGAAAAUAGCGGAGAAGGGAGGGAGAAAAAGCGGGGUGUAGUUUAGUGAGUGACGGCUCUGACUUCAAAUCAGGGAAUGACUUCACCAGAACUCUCCAAUCACUAUGCUUUGGGGGAGGGAUACUGAAGAGUAACAUAUUGGGAAAGCAUUCUGUUUUUUCGCUGCCCUUUGCUUGUUAACACUCUUAAGAACAGCAGCAUUUGAAAGAGUUUGGAGAAGUUGGUGGUUGUGUUUUGCUUGUGCAAUCUUCCCUUGUUCCAAUCCUUGCAUUACUCUUACUGUUGUCUGUGCCUGCCUAGAGCAUUAUGCCCAUCUCUCAUUCUGGCCUUAGUAGCAUUUGACUGAGCUUGCAUUAAUUGUAGGUCUCCGUGUGUCUGUGAAUGUAUGUUAUUAGUAUAGCAUCUGUCUGUUUCUGUGUUCUUUUUGUGGUUGUCUGUCUCCCUGCCUCUCACACACUCUCCAGUGCUGUUACAGAGCGCGAUUGCACCAAACAGCACUAAAUCUGUGCAUACAUUAAUAUUUUCAAUAAAAGUGUCUCCUAUCUCAGGUUUUUAUUGGGAAAACUCAGGUUGCCCACAAGGCAAUUUCUGGGAGGCAGUAGAGUUGGCGACAUCAGUUCUCACACAACCCAUCAAUGUUUAGAUGAGCUACACACACACACACACACACACACACACACACACACCACACCUGUGCACCUGGAAUUUGGCUCUGUCUUCUCAAAAUAUUCCUAUGCCUGUGCACACCUCUGCUAGUGUAUUCAGAUGAACUAUUGGAAGCAUUAGGUGGCAGUUGUUGGUUUCACUUCUGUGCAGUAGCUAUAUGCUAGAAUGACUUUGUUCAGCUACUGAAUAUCCUGAAUGCUACAUCAAGUGGGAUUUAGAACUACUAUUUUUAAUUCUGUACUUGCUGCGUGUGCUUUUAAGGUCCCCCCCCCCCAAAGCAAAAGGCACCUCCAAAUCUCAAAACAGAAUAAAAACCAAAACACUGAACUUGAACAUUGGGGGGGGGGGGAGAGUACAAUACCAUUUUCUUUAAAAUCUCCUGCAGAAGUUUAAACAUAUAUCAAUGGCUUUGGAAAUGUCUUCAGAGACAUCUGCUGAAGUUGCUGGCUGCUUGCUUUUCCUUUGCAGCACAGGAACUUCCCCAGCCUGGUGAUUUGGUUUCGCCUGCAUUCAGGGGAAUCCUCAUUUGGCUCUGGAGAAUUGGGUCCCAGGCAGAGCUGCUGGCUUUUCCCUUUCCUUUUUUCAAAGUGUAGGAGGAAGUCUGCCCCAAAGCAACUUGUACGGAGGCUGCUGUUUUCAUCUGAACACACAGCUUCUGGCUAAUUGCCCCUGAGGGCAUGCUUAGCAGCAGACAUAAGCUAUGCCUGGCCUGGUCCCACCCCCUGCUCGCAAGGCCUCCCUUGGAUUGUUGCUGGUGGUCAUCCUGUCAAGUCAAGCAAGCCUCCUCAUAAUGCCAUUGUGAAGUGGGCUUUAUUAUCGCUGCUUAAAUGGGAAGAAGGCCUAGGCACCAUGGACGCCUGUCUCUUAACAAGGUUAAACACCAAGACAGAUUCCAGGUGUCUUUCCUGUUUUGGCAACGCUGCUAAUCCCGGUAUCAUUCUGCACCCUUUGAUACUAUUGUCUCGUGUUAGAAGUGGAUAUACAAUAGUACACUCUCUUAAUGCAUAUUUCCAGUGUAUUAAAAACAUCUAAACGAUUCCUUAUGAAAUCUCAAUUAUAGCCCUGUGCCUCCUUCCUCCUUUGGUCUCCUGGAUUUUAUUCGUCUGCCUGCAGUGUAAAUAAAACCAUGCACUGCACCAUCUGUCAGCAGAGUGGAUGGUUUUUAAACAGUAGCAAAGUGAAGUUUGGCAGCUUACUUUGAUUGGCGAUUUUAUUUUAAAAAUCAGUCAAACUUUUUAUUUUUUGAAUUUUGUAUCAACUUUGGACCUCUUACGUUUCUUAGUCUGGGAUAAUCCUGGUGGUGGGGUUUUCAUAAUAAACAUUUUAUUUUAUUAAAAUAGUUCAUUUCUGGAAUCCCAAUAGAGCUUGUACAGUCAUUGUGAAGCUUUCUCCAUAAUUGUAUUUCCAUACUAAAAAAAAGUCUUAACCUGAUGAAUUUCUGCCUCCCAUACAGUUGUUAAAGUCACAAGAACCUUGUCUCCCCACCCCACCCCAGUGCUAAGCCUAAACCAAAACAUAGGCUAUCCCUUUAAACACAGAGACUUCCAUGUAGUCCACUGAAAUGUAAAUUAACUAUACAGUGAAUUCUUAUGAGUGUUCUUUAGUUCCUGCACACCAGCAGAUGUCCCUAAGACUCUAUGCAAAGUUUUCAUAUUUGCCUUUUGGGGGAAGGAGAGAUUUUUUCACAUCCACCCACAAUCAUUGUAUAGUAGUACUCGCAUAGAAUAACUUCUAGGGACUACCUGAUCUCAAACAAGCCGACUACAGUGGUACCUCGGUCUACAAACAGCCCUGUUAACGAACUAUUGGGUGAACGAACUCCACAAAACUGGAAUUCGGUAUUCCAGUUAAUGAACUUUGCCUUGGAAGAUGAGUGGAAGACGAACAGUGGAAGGGCACCAGCGGUGGGAGGCCUCAGUAGGGAAAGCACACCUUGGUUUAAGAAUGCUUUGAUUUGAGAAUGGAUUUUCAGAACAAAUUAAGUUCAUAAACCGAGGUACCACUGUACUGGAAAGAUGUGUCCUGGUUACUAGGGAAAAAGGAAGGACAAACUACAGAGAUUCUAAGGACUAGAAGGGGGAAAGACAGAAUUGGGGGGGGGGGCUGCCUUACAGGGUAGUGGGAAAUAGUUCUUUAGAGCUCCAGGAAUUCCUCUUGACUGGUCUCCAAUCAAUUACUUACCAAGUCACAACUCUGACUUCACUCCUUUGUGAACCUGUCAGUGAUUUCAGCUGUCAGGCUUGACUUAUUUCACAGAAGUGACUAGGACCGGUGCCCACACAUUUUGCUUCAUAACUUUCUUUCUAGUGGGGCUAGAGACUUUUUUAAACAAUUGAAAGCAGUGGCCACGCAAGGAAUGUUUCCUAUCAGCAGAAGCAGCAUAUCUGGUUGAAGGCAGAGCUCAUACCAAGGCCACAGACAGGAGGCAAUGUGCCCCACAUAGGGAUGAAGAAGGCAAAAUCAGAGUUGUAGAAAGCUGAAAGAUAUGUGGGCACUAGGAUUAAGGAGCAGAUUUUUUUGGGGGGGGAGCUUAGCACAAGGCGUAGAGCAGGGCUCACCAAGCUCUUGGCUCCAGCAAUGGCCUCUGCUUGAACAGUUAGAAUGGUCAGGAAUAUUAUUUCACAUGGCUGUAGCUGCUUUGAACUACAACUCCCAUCAGCUCCAAGCAACACAGGAGUUCAAAACAUCUGAAGAGCACCAGGUUGGGGAAGACUGUACUGGAGGGAGCAAAAAUAUACUAGCAGGUAUACAGUAGAAAGGUGGAAUGUAAAUUUCUGUGUGGAUAAAUAAAUAGUGUUGUAAUUAAUUUUUUUUAAUUGUGAAUUGUUACCGCAGGAACAAGAGCGCUUUCCUCUCUAUUAAAAUGCAGCUGUACUACAGCUGCCCACAGUUGCAAACCUGUUAGUAAAUGACAGGUUAUAAGAGGGCAGUGUGUGAAAUUUUAAAACAUAUUUGCUGUUUUCUUGGAAUAUUUGAAAUGUGUGUGUAUGGUAUUUAAAAGGUAUUUAGAGCAACCAUAAGAGCAGGGAGCACAGCACCAAAAAAAACCCCAGUUAACUGCUAAAAGCUUAUAUUCAGUAUGAAAAAAUCUCGUUCAGUAAAUUUCUUUAAAAUGUUAUUUGACCAGCCGAUAUGAAUAUUUAUAGCUGUGAAAGUAAUCUGUUUUUAAUUUUUGUGUUAAAAAUGAUUCCUCGUGUCUCUGUUUGCCUCCCCCUUCUUUUGAGUGUGUUGUGUUCAGUGUGGAGAGCUAAUCCCAAAGCACUGUCUUUCUGAUGUAAAAUCUGAAUGCUUGUGUAGACACAACAGCUGUCCCCUCACCAUGUGGCAUCUUCCAUCACUCUACUGUAGAGAUGAGUUUUGGCCCAGUGUUUCAGUAAUAUUGGACAAACAUGGUUUUAAGUGGCAAAGGCUUAUGCUUACACAUUCAUCUGACUCUGGCUCCAGAGCAGUACAGGGAGAAUAAAUUCACAGGGUUGCCACCCUCCUAGCUGCUUAUAGCAGUGGAGUCACAGGGGGCUAUCUUAAAGACACCGUUUACUGUUGUGGAAGAGCUGUAAAUUCACCAACCCUUAAGAAGAACAAAAUAAAAGCCUGUGUGUGUGUGUGUGUGUGUGUGUGUGUGUGUGUGUACCUGCACCCGCAUGAGUGUGUACAUGUUUAUGUAUAUAGAAGGUGGAUGUCUAUGCUUCCAGGGUUAUGGAGGCCUGUUCUUUUAGCGAUUAAAAGACAAGCUUUCUUUAUUUCUGAAUUUAUUUUGGUAAGAAAUGAUCAAAGCAACAUAUGAACAAGUUUACUUGAAUGUAAAUUCAAAUAUACAAAUUUCAGCGGCUCACUUGAGAACGAAUUCUUCUUUUAAAGGUGUUUCUAGGAACAUAGAAGCUGCUGCUUUAUAACGAGUCAGCAUCAUUGUUCCAUCUACACUGAUUUGCAGUUAUUCUCCAUAAUUAAAGAGAGAGGGUUCCCUACCUAGAAAAGCCCAAGGUUGAACCCCAGACUUGCAAAGCAGAUUCUCUACAGCCCUUCCCUAUAUUCCUCUUGUCAGUGCUGUAGAUGUUUAUUAUGCCAGUUCAGUCAUAGCUAAAUCCUAGCUGUCAAGGUUCUACUUAAUACUUUCAGCAACAUUCUAAUAAACAUGUUUCUUUUGUCCAUAGACUUUUAAAAGAUCUCCUGCCCCCUGAUUCAAAUGUGAUCUUUUAGCCUAAGCCAUUCAUAGCCCACUAAAUAGCCAGACUAGUCCAUUUAGCAGUGUUGGCUUAAAUGAAAUGAUUUAACUUUUGGGGGAAAUGUUGAAGAUUUGGAAGAAACUUUCCCCCUUCUUUUCAGAAUAUGGAAACUCAUAGUUUAAAUUGAGGGCUUUGCUUAACUAUUGGUAUGUUGAUUGUAGCCCCUGGGGCUCAGAAGUAAUAUAUAAGUUAGGCCUGGCAUUAUAUCUUCCAGAUAGUGAAGGAAUUUGUGUUUGUAAGGAAGGAAGUCGGGAAGUUUAAUGUUUUGGGUAUGUGUGCAUCUCUGCCUCUGCAGGGUUCAAGGGAAAGUUGCAAUCUCCCUGUCUCUCAUUUUAUCUCCUCAUCCACAAUCUUGUGAGAGAAGCUGGGGUGGGCGGAAGAGUGAACUGCCCAAGGCCACUGACUGAACUUUGUCUGAGAACGGCUUUUCUCUAAAAUAUUAUGAGCUCAGCACAUGGGACUGCUUUUAUGCUUAGGGCUUUUGUGGUGGGGUUCUCCUCCCAGGGUCCUCUCACAUACCGCAAAAGCCACUCUAGGGGUUGUAUCCCAUAAUAAGUCCUGUUCCAAGUAGACGAACGGGAACUAAGGAAUGUAGCUAAUGCAGAUCCAUUGAUUUCAGUGGGUCUGCUCUGCGUAUAAUUCAGUUGGGUACAAACCCUGUAAAUCAGAGACCCUCUGAAGUGGCAUCCUGCACGCUGUGAUAAGCAGCAGCUGCAAGGAGAAAGUGGUGUAAUUCCAAAGUAUGUUGAGAAGCACUUUAGGUGGAGACGGGAAGCUGUGUCCCUCUAAGAGUUGUUGACCACUGGUGACCUUGGCUGAGGAGUUGGAAGUCCAACAAUGUCUGGGGAGCCAUGGGAUUCCUAUCCCUGACUUCAUGUGUUCUUCAAAUGCUUGCCUUUGAUAGUACCACCUAACUUUAUUUUUAACAGUGUGGAUCUGUUUGUCACUUAACUUUUUACUUGGAAAGGCAAAUCUAACAAAAAAAGUCUUGUCCGAUCAAUAUUUGUGCCGAGAAUUCAAAGUGGGGAAUUUUUCAUUCAGCGUGUUUUUUUGAAUACACUAAGUUUUAAGUAAUGAUGGGCAUUUAAUUAUUAGUGUUAGGAAACUAGGCUGCAAAGCAACUGUCUCUUGUGUUCUUAAAUGUUGUCUGUGUGAAAGACAAUUUGUGAAAUUGUUCCAUUUCCUACUAUCUCCCCACCGUUUCAGAUUGUUCAAAAGCUUUGCAGACUUUCACACUAUUAGACUUAUGUUUGGCUAUGUGAUAUUGAAAGCUUUUGAUAGCAAGAAAAAGAAAAAACAGUUUCUCCCUGUUCUUUUGUUUUUACACUGACUUCUCAGAACACUUAUCUCCGCUUGAAGAAAUGCUGAAUAGCAACAAGCACACUUGACAUACUUUCUGCCAACUCCCCAGGUAAUGGUAUAGGUCAAGAUCCAAGAGCCACAUUCCUAGCUCAAGGGACCCUGUAGAAUUUCAGUGUCUCCCUUUCUGACAGCAUCAACCCCUUCCCCCCUCCUUGCCCCCAGCCAAAUCUUAUAGCAGCUUCACAAACCCGAUAUAGUGCAAAUUGCUACAGGAGCAGUGGGAUGUUCGAAAUCCCACCAAGUACGUAAUAAGCCAUUGUACACAUCUGAGAGGGCUUUUUGGAUCCUGGCCAACAGCACAUGAUACUUGGGUAGUGAAUUUUACAUUAAAUAUCUAUAAGUGCCUCUUUCCGGGGGGGGGGGGGGGAGCAUGAUGCAACAGAAAGAUCUAUUACUUGCACUGGAAAUUAGCUGCCUUUACCUGACCCAAAGCAAUGGCAGUUUCCCACUGCACUGUGUGUGUGUGUGUGUGUGUGUGUGUGUGUGUGUGUGUGUGUGUAUACGUACACACAUUUCUUUCUUUCCUCCUCCCCAGAAAAAAGUACAUCCUUACUGAUAUAUACGUCUGUGUGUCUGUGUGUCUGUGUCUCCAUCCACCCACACAGCCAGUCCUGAAUUAUUAUGGUUGUACAAAAAGUCGCACAGAUAUGAUUUUCAGCAUUUGGUGAACAAAGGCAUGCACGGACACAAAACAGGGGAUGAUUGAUAAAAUCCUUCCCACUAUUGGCUAUUAUUUACUGCUUCUUAAGCGGCAGGCUAUAUAUUUAUGCCAAUUUAUCUGCUUCAGGGAGCAUUCUUGAUAGCAGGACAAAGUGAAUAAAAGUAGUUUGCUUUGCAAAUGAAUGCAAAUGGCAGAGCCUUUGGGAAGCCUGUUAAACAGGGGCAAGGCACUCUGAUUAGGAGUGAAGCUGCCAUUUGGACAUGGUGAAAAGAGCACGCUUGAGCCAUUGAUUGGGGGAGACAGUGAAAAGUCAGGGAAGGGCCCCGUUUAAGCUUGUGGUGGAGCAGGCGGACGUCAGCGUGGUUAGAGCACAGUGGGAGAAUGACAGGCAGGAUUAGUGUCAGGGAGAAGCUUUGCCGUAGCUGUGGAGAUGGUCUCUGGGGUCAUUCACCUCUGAAUGUUGUUCUGUGCUGAUGGCUCUGUAAUGCAAACUGCUUGGUGCCUGCCUGUUCAUUAUCGGAAAUGGUGAUUAGGGGGAGGUAUUUGUCAUAAAGGGCUCUUUUUAGAAAUAAAUAGAAAUGGGAAGCUGUUGCUUGCUGCUCGUGCCAGUGCAGAGGAAGCCUGGUGCAGAUGGCCUUUCUGAUGAGAAAAAAAGGGGAAGGUGGAAACAGCUGCUUGCAUGUGAAUGAAUGUUAAGGCUUCUCUGUAUGGAGCCCCUGCGCUCCUGCUUCAAGGUUUGGGGGCUUGAUUUGUCAUUUUAAAAAAAGAAGAAAUUGGAGUUUGGGUUUGCAAUUGAGGGAGCAUGUGUAUUGGUCUCUCUGGAAACAGCUCCCCUGCCCCUAAAUGUGCUGCGUUCAGGAGCUAUUCAUUCCAGGUGCUUCCAAUAGAUUAACCACCAGAGGUUUAAGCAGACGUUGGAUGGCUAUCUGUCAUGUAUGCUUUAGCUGAGAUUUCUGCAUUGUGAAGGGUUGGACUAGAUGACCCUUGGGGUCCCUUCCAACUCUACAAUUCUGUGAUACUGUGACCACCUCCACAAAUCCUUUCCUUGUCGGAGAAAAAUCUAGGCAGAUUUGUUACACCAUUAAAAAUGCAACAGCGUGGUAGUGUAUUGGAUUGUGUGAUACACACAACCACAAAUCCAGGGUCUUUCCUAAAUUCACUUCCCUGGGGAUAUGGAUUUUAUGCACAAUUUUGUCAUGUUGAUACCUUAAAGCAUCUGACACUAAGUUGCAUUUGUAGAAUUAGUGUGCGCCCGCACGCAUUUGUGUCCAAAUCAUUAUAAAUAAACUAGACCUGCUAGGUAUAUGUGUUCCUCUAUUCAACAAGCAAGAGUAGGAAGUAUUAAGCAAGCUAUAAAAUAAUUGUAUUUGCAGUGAACACCCUUUGCAUGAUUACUUUGCUUUAGUCUUGUGCUCAGUGUCUCUACCCCUCCUGCCACAGACAAACCCUCCUUGUGUAAUGAAUGUUCUUCAAAUGUUUUACAGGCACCGGAAUGGACGGAAGAGGACCUUAGCCAACUGACAAGAAGUAUGGUUAAGUUCCCAGGGGGGACGCCUGGUCGAUGGGAAAAGAUUGCUCACGAAUUGGGUCGAUCAGUGGCAGAUGUGAGUUCACUCGAAUUUGCAUUGUAUGGACAAACCAGAACAAGACAGGCAGUGUAGAAGCCAGACAUAGAUGGGGUCCAACAUUGUCUUUUGAGAGAGGCUGCAAUCCUUUUAGGACCUGGAAGUGAACCAUUAACUAACUAAGCAAGAAGCAGAUGUCAGCUGGUCCCCCUGCUCCACAAUUAACAGCUGUAACUGAUCAGCUAUAUGGGGAUUCUGGCGCUUAGAGACUCAAGCUACUGUAACCCGAUAACAGAAAAACAAUGCCAGUUUUAGGCUUUCUAGUAAACCCUCUUUGCUGGAAGAGGACAUUUGUGAGACUUAAGUAAAGAUAAUAUUUCUGGUUGGGCCAACCCCCCCCUUUCAAAAAACCCUAAAUGCAGAUCAGCUAAUAGUGUUUAGACAGGUGGUAUCCAUUAAUUAAGCUUGGGAUCUCUCUCUCUCUCUCUCUCUCUCACACACACACACACACACACACACACACACUGAUGGACCUACAUCCUAACACAGAAUACGGUGAUGUGUAAAAUGACAAAUUUAGCACUUUGUGGGGCAAAACAUCCACUGUUGUUUCUUUUUAAAAUGGACUUAAGGAGUUGUAGUUCUUGAGUACUGUUUUGGGAGAGAAGAAAUUGAAUUCUCUUCAGUUCAGAGGCAUCAGGGAAAGAGCAUGAAAAUUAGUUGAACCUCAUCAAUGGUACUUGGCUGUUGUCACAUCUGGGCGUUAAGAACAUUAUCCCAUUGCUGGGAGAAGAAGCUGACCUCCGUAACCACUUUGUGUAGCAUUGAUCACUGUCCCACUAGGGACAGUGUCUCACUAGGCAACAAGUUCUUUAAGGAAGUGUGUCUCCUCAGAGGUUGAGGAUGAAAAAACUAGUACUGAUCCUGAGAGUUGGUGGUUUGAACAUUAAGAACAUGGGUAGUUGGGUAUACAAUAGGCAGGGUGAACUGCCUGCCUAACAUGAAGGUUGCAGACAACCCAAGAUACAACCCAGAUUUUCAAGGAGCAGCUGUCAAAUGUGUCCAGACCACUGUAGUUGCUAGCCUUGUGGCAGACUUGUGACUGUGUAGUCAGAGUUCACUUUGUCUUUCCAGGGAUGAUAAAGACCGAGGGUAUUUUGAAGGAACAUAGGAAGCUGCCUUAUAACGAGUCCACUGGUCCAUCUAGUUCAGUGUUGUUAUUACUAUUAAUUAUUAUUUUUAUAUUAUUGUUUUUGUUCAGUAUUGAAGCCUUGUGGCACACUGCGUCAGCGCGUCUGCUAACCAAAAUGUGGGUGGUUUGAGCUGACCCGGUGUUGGCUGUGGGGAGGAUUCCUGCAUUGCAGGGGGUUGGACUAAAUGACCCUUCCAACUCUAUGAUUUCUAUGAAAUCUAUGACACUGAUAAGCAGCAGCUGUCCAGGAUUUUGGGCAGGGUGUCUCAGGCCUCCCUGGAGAUGCCUUGCUCUGUCACUGGGCUUUAGCCCUUCCCCCAGUUUAAAAAAACAACCCUCCUUUUUUCACCUGCCUUAUGUUAAGUCAGCUAUAAUAAUCUAAGAAUUGCCUUACUGGAGCACAACCAAAGUCCAUUGAAUUUAGACAUCUCCCCAAACAGUGCCCAGCCAGAUGACUUUAGGAAGCUCCCAGGCAGCACACAAUGGUGGUAAGGAUCCCUCUCCAGUGGCUGGUAAUUGGUGAUAUUGUGCACUUGAAUAUAUAUUUAUUGGGCUACUGUUAUCGCACUUUAUAGCCCCGAGAGCCCUCUCAACGUGGCUUAGCAAAGAGUCUGAAAAUUGCGCCCAGAUCUAGUACAGGAACAGAAAAUGCAGGUGCCUGCAUGGAACCAGGGUCUCUCUGGUAGCCUUUUCUGAUGUCAUAACCACCAAAAAUUUGUAAGGAACUGAAAUGGAGGUCAGCCACCGAAAGUUGCUCAGCCCAUGAUAGAAGCAGUUUUCUACUGCUGGAAGUUGGCAGUUGCCAGGCAACAGCUCCAAGUAAGGAUCUCUGAGGAAGUAAAGAAGCUCAUUCAGCUGUCAUGGCUAUCCUUUGUCCAUUUGGCCAUGACAACAAAAGCAUAUGUUCUAAUGGUUUUAACAUUUUUUUAAAAAAAUUGUGUGUGUGUAUACAUACACAUAUAUAUAUACAUACACAUAUACAUAUACAUACACAUAUACAUAUAAAUACACAUGUAUACACAUAUACAUACGCAUGUAUGUGUGUGUGCGUGUACACACACACACACACACUGAGCCAGACCACUGAUCCAUCUAGCUUUGUAUUAAAUACACUGACCAGAAGCGCCUCACCAGGGUUUCAGGCGGGGGUCUCUCCCAGCCUACCUGCAGAUGCUGUGUCGUUGAGCUAUGGCCUUUUCUCACUGUCCACCAUCUUAGGCUGUAUUUACAGACAGCAGAUCACACAAUAAAACUUUUCUGGACUAUGGGUGGAGUUUUUUUUGGGGGGGGUAGAUGAGUCUUGUGGCUAAACAGUCCACCAUUGGAAAAAAUCUUACUGCACACACUGUACUGCAAAAUGGUUAUAGACAGUGCUGUUUUUCUAGGAAAAAGAGGUGCCCGAAUUCUCCAUGAACACCUCCCUUAUUCUCUUAUAAUGGCAAUGGUGCCCACCUGAGAGGUGCCAGAACUGAGUUCCAGUGAGUUCCCCCUGGGGAAAAAAAGCCCUGGUUAAAGAGGAUGUUCACUAUAUAGUGUUAUUUAUAUAAAGGUCUUUAUGAACAAUGUCAGUCUCGAGUUUGGCUGCAGGAAAAAAGGUCGUUAACAUGGAAGUGAGUUUGUGUGCUUUUUACUGUUGGGAUAGGGACACGGGUGCCGCUGUGGGUUAAGCCACAGAGCCUAGGACUUGCUGAUCAGAAGGUCGGCGGUUCGAAUCCCCGCGACGGGCUGAGCUCCCGUUGCUCGGUCCCUGCUCCUGCCCACCUAGCAGUUUGAAAGCACAUCAAAGUGCAAGUAGAUAAAUUGGUACCGCUCCGACGGGAAGGUAAACGGCGUUUCCGUGUGCUGCUCUGGUUUGCCAGAAGCGGCUUAGUCAUGCUGGCCACAUGACCCGGAAGCUGUACGCCGGCUCCCUCGGCCAAUAAAGCGAGAUGAGCGCCGCAACCCCAGAGUCGGUCACGACUGGACCUAAUGGUCAGGGGUCCCUUUACCUUUACCUUACUGUUGGGAUGAGGAAAAUUAUGUUGGCUUGUGUUCUCUAUUUGUGUUAGCUGCCAGGAAAUUGAGAGCCAGAUUUGUUGUUUGUUUAUAGCUUAUAGAUAAAUAAAAUGGUUACUACUAGUAGUACAUAUAGAAAAAUAGAAUAUUAGGGAAUAUGUUGGCUACAGUGCUCCCCCCCCCCCCCCCCGAUACCACUUCUGUAGUGAAAUACGUAAAUGAACUAUGCAUUGUGUACCCCUUCCUUCUUUCCUGAACCUUUCCUGAUUCAUUGUACAAGUUCAGCAUGGGGAGCAAAUUUAUUUGCACUAGUACUUUUUCCAAGCUGGUUAGAUUUUUUAAAUGAGGUGUAUUCGGAUUUUAAGAAGUAAGUAAUUAGCUUCUCUAGCUUCUGAAGUAGUAUUUUACUCCAAAACAAUUUUUCAUCAGUGGCACUGGAGCCUGUUCUCCUUGUUCGGUCAUGUGAGGUGCCUCCUUUCCCUUUUUGUUUUCCCGAACCUUCUCUCAAUUUGUAUGUAUUUUUUAAAAAAGUAUCCUGCCCAAUCUUAAUAAGAUGAUUAGUUUUAGUAGUUUUACAGUGCCUUGGUGUGAAAUAAGUCAGGUAACCACUUUAUUAGAACCCCCACCCCCGUCAGCUUAGAUCUCCUCAACUCACAACUUACCAUGUCAGCUUGAUUGUGAGAAAUAGUCUCCAGAAUCUAAACAUUUGAAGCAACUGUGUAACGUCUAAGCCGCUUCACCUCUCCUUUCAAAACAAAGUCCAGACCAAAAACAAAAAUCCUCUCAAACCAAUCAGUAUAAUGGGAUCACAUUUUUAUUUGUAAGUGGAAAGAUAAUGCAGCAUUUAUUAAAUUACUUUCCUGGUUUGGGCUUGUGGUAUUAAUUAGAUUUGUUUUUGUCAAGCGUUUCGAUUAUGAAAGGGAAGCCUUCCAGUUCUCUUUAAUCAGAGUUCCUGCCAGCUGACCCGGUUACCUGUACCAGCACCCCACGUCUGCCUCCACACAUCUGUUCUUUGACCCGUUUCCCCCUUGUUGGAUUUUUGGCUCUCAUUCUUGCCCUCUUACUACUUCAAGAAAUAAUUGAACAUUCUUCCCCCACUCCUCCUAAACACACUCCCCCCCCUUCAAUGGCUGAGCUCUCCCUGGUUUGGUUAACGAAUGGCUCACUUGUUUCAGGCUUCCCCAGCUAGACGAGCUCCUCGACAACUGGCUAUACUGACUGGGGCUGAUGGGAGUUGGAGUCCAUCCACAUCUGGAUGACCAAAGGCAGUGUGGUGUAGUGGAUACGGAACGUGGAGCUUCUGUUAAAGCUUAUGCAUUGUUACAGGUUGAACCUAUGCAGUCAGAAAUAAGCACUCCUGAAUUGGAAACAUGCAUCUGAAUACAGUGGUACCUCGCAAGACGAAUGCCUCGCAAGAUGAAAGAGUUUUUUGGUUUUUGAGUUGCUUCGCAAGACGAAUUUCUUGCUUCGCAAGACAAAAAACGAAAUAAAACGAAAACGUCUUGCAAGUUUGUUUCCUUUUUCUUAAAACCGUUAAUACCCAGGGUGACUUCAAGGAGCAACUCAUAGCACGCGGUGUGGUAGCCUUUUUUGAGGUUUUUGAAGACUUUGGUGAUUUUGAAGACUUCGGGAAACCGUGCUUCGCAAGACGAAAAAUUCGCAAGACAAAAAAAACUCGCAGAACGAAUUAAUUUCAUCUUGCGAGGCACCACUGUAUGUAUUUAAUGGGCUACUGUUAUCCCACUGAGAGCCCUCUCAACGCGACUUACCAGAGUCUGAAAAUUGUGCUCAAAUCUAAUACAGGAGCAGAAAACGCCUGGCAUUUGUAUGGAACCAGGGUCUCUCAGGGAUCUUUUCCUGGUGUCAUAACAGGCAGCAGCUACCACCAAAAACUUCUAAGGCACUUGUGAAAGGUGCCUUGGGAUCACGGUCAUUAUUUUUUAAAGUUUUUAAAAGGACACUAAAAAUUGUGAAAACAAUCUGGUGUGUGUGCAAAGCAGACUCCUAGUUGUUUAUUUUCAUGUGGUUAUUUCACUGUAAGUUUUUCAACUGGCAGCAAAGAGCUCUCCGGUUCCAUUCACAUGAAAUAAUAUCAUUUGCUUGGCUAAGAGGAUGUAAACUGAUGCUGCUUUGCCUCUGCAGUCACUAAUCUCUUAUAUUCAGGUUGCAAUAGCAGAUUGAUGGGGGAUUUGCUGCCUGCAUGGAAAAGGCCCAGGUAGGCAGCAAAACAACAAUAGGCAGGUGGGUAGAUAGGAGCACACUUUUCUAAUUAGUGUGGUGCUUGGCAGUGUGAGGUAAAGGGGGUGCAGUUAUAAAAACAUCCCAUAUGUCAAAGAGAAGAUAGGGAGAUGAUUAACUGCCACUGGGCUGUCUAAAUUUGAGCUCAUGAGUAGAAACACACUACCUUUUAACUUCUGUUACCAUGAGGUGUAAAGGGCUCCAGAUCUGUGUUAAACAUAGUUAGAUUAGUAUUAUUUGAGGGAGAGAUUGUCUAGGGAAGUGAUCCAUGAAGAGAAACUGAUUGCUGGUCUUAGGUUUUCUGUUGUUUUCUAUUUAAAUAAGAGUUUAUCUUAAAGAACACUGAUUAACUGUUUUGAAAAACAGUAUACAAUUUCAUGCAAAUCAAGAUGCUGCCCCCCUUUUUAAGAGCAAGGUUAAGAGCGUCAUCUGGGUGAAAUAAGAAAUCUUCCUCUUUCCCCUUUCUUAUUGGAGUUGGAGCCCUUUGGCCUAUAGAGAGAGCCAGUGUGUUGUCGUUGUUUGUUGACUGACUUGUUACACGUCUACCCCAUCCUUCCUUUUAAGCAGCUCAGGGCAAUGUCCACAAUCCUGCCCCACCCUGCUUCUCAUCUGGGAGGAUUGUUCACAGUUUUGCUUGCAAGACAUACACCAGAGUCCAUGUUUAUUUAAUAAAAUAUUUAUUGUAAUUAUAUAUCAUGCACAUUGGGCUUUUAGAAUAGCUGAAUAGGGAUGGAAAUGUGCAGCUGGUCUCUGUCAAUAGUUCUGGUUAUUGGUAUUCACUGGACUCUUUGUCUUGAUCAGUUUUCUUUGAUGUCUUCUUUUAAGCCAUCUUACAAAACAUAUCUAUAAAUUAAAUGCAUUCUCUUCCUUCCUAAACAGGUCACCAUGAAAACCAAACAGAUUAAAGAUUCAGUUACGUGCGCUCCUGGUAAGUUUCUAGUGCUUCUGUUAUUUGUUUCUUGAUGCUUCGAGCAUAAUUAAUCUGUGUUAAGUGAGACUGGAGAACAUUUAAGCUUAAAAACAUUAGUGCCUUGCUGAAUCAGAUAGUAGUUCAGUAUUCUUUCCAGCAACCAGCAGCAACUAGGUGAACUUCCACAAAUUUGCCUUUCCUCACUGCCCGCAUUCUGCCCACCCCUAUUUUGGCCAGUUCCUGGGUCAGAUCUCGCCGGCCAAACUUUUUUAAGAGAAUAGGAACUCCUGCUCCAGCUAUAACAUUGCCGCCAUGCAGGGUCUUAGCUUGCCUCACCAGACUCAGGGUAUUGGGAAAUGGCAAUGCAUUCUCUUCCCAUCCCUUAUCCCUGCAAUGACCUGGGAGUUGAGUGUUCAACUCAAGCCAUAAUGUUCGAGUCAUGUAUCUGCAGAAUGAAACCUCGCAAUCCUUCCUCCACAGCUUUGAGAAACUCACAAGAAACAACUGUACUGGCUGCCUCUUCUAUAAAAUGAUCCAGGCAGAAAGGGACUUGUAUAUAUGCCCUUAUUAAGUGGAUAAUAUGAGGCUCUACCCUUCAGUGGUUAGCCGUGCAAAGGACACAGAAUAACUAAGGGUACCGUUAGCAGUAGGGGCAAUGCAGUUCAUUCAUUUCAAACCAGUGGAAAUUGUGCAGUAGCAGGUGCAUGUUAACAAAGGAACCAGAAAACAGUGCCAGAUGUUUUAGCAUCAUACCUAAUUGAUGCUAUUUCUGGAUUGCUUAAUUCAGGUGUGCCUACCAUGGAAACAAAGGAGGAAGUAAAAACAGAAGCCCAAAUUCAUUAUUUUUAUGAACUCUUGAUUUUUUAGUAGAUGUAUCAGAUUUUUUUCAAGGGUUGACUCAACAAUUACUUACUGGGGGGUAACAGUUGCAGAAUAAGAAUACUAUAGGAUCAGUUUCCCCUUCCCUGGCUGAAAUCAUGCUGAAAAUGAUGCUGUUUCCAACAGGUAUUGUUAGGCUGUCAGAGCUGAAAAUGUUGGCCCAAAACUCCAAAUCCAACAAGGCCAGUGUUAACUUGUCAGAUCAUAUAAUCACUCAGCGGGAAAAAGAGGAGGAAGACCUGGAGGAGGACGUGUCAAAGUACAGUUGUGACCCAGAACCAAUAGAUAUGGCAACAGCAGAUCAACAAGAGACUGCGAUGACUGAAGCCAGACACCGCAGGAGGAAAACAAUACCAAAGGGCCCUGAAGUGACACUCCCAGUGAUGAAAGAGGCAGCAGAGGACAAAUGUAGGGGGAAGCGCCAGAAGGACUUUGACACUGCAGAUCAAGAGGAAUAUAGCGACGAGGAGGCCAGAAAAAGAGAGAGAUGCCGCAGUUCUGAAGACUUGUGGACUCAGAAUCAACAGAAGCUUUUGGAGCUGGCCUUACAGCAGUAUCCAAAGGGAACGGCAGAACGCUGGGAUAAGAUUGCCAAAUGUGUUCCGGGGAAAACUAAGGUGAGGUCAUGCUCUCGUGUAGGGUUAAAGCACUCUGCCGUUGGGUGUGGUGUGGUACACUAGCUAAAAGCUGAAGCCGCCUCCUUGAUUCUGCCAAAUGUUCAACCUGAGGGAGGGAAUGCACUUCAGUUUUCAGCAAAUGUUGCUGAGAAUGAGGUGUGGCAUAUGGCUAAAUGCUGUAGCUGCUAACAUGCAGCUCCUUUCAAGGCAGGGCUUUUGGAGGUUUGGGCUGGUUCUGUAUAGCAUUGCUUCUAAACUGGUAAAACAAUGACAUUAGGUUCAUUCGCAGAUGACUCUGGGGUUGUGGCGCUCAUCUUGCUCUGUCGGCCGAGGGAGCCGGCGUUUGUCCGCAGACAGCUUCCGGGUCAUGUGACCAGCAUGACUAAGCCGCUUCUGGUGAACCAGAGCAGCGCACGGAAAUGCCGUUUACCUUCCCGCCGGAGCGGUACUUAUUUAUCUACAUGCACUUUGACGUGCUUUUGAACUGCUGGGUUGGCAGGAGCAGGGACCGAGCACUGGGAGCUCACCCCGUCGCGGGGAUAUGAAACGCCGACCUUCUGACCGGCAAGCCCGAGGCUCUGUGGUUUAACCCACAGUGCCACCCGCAUCCCUGAAGUUAACAUAGUGAGGCCCAAUAUUAGUUUCUGGCAUUUUGCUUUUUAUUAGGAAUUCGUUACUUUUAUUGUUUUUCCAAACAGUUGCUGCUUUUACGAAGUCCUGUUGGUCCAUUAGAAACAUUUCAAAAUCCACUAACGUGAAUUUUAUUUUAUUAGGGCUAUGCGAAAUGCCACAUGAAUGUGAGCAAGGUUGUUUCUUUUAGAUUGACAGCCCACAGAAAGGCAGCAAAAACAAUUGGUGUGAAUGUGUUGGUUGGUACAAGCAGUGAGUCGGUAGCUGUGAAAAGUGGGCUUGAAAUCUCUGCAAGAACCUGGGAUCACUCUGUAUGGCAACUUGUUCAUGCAUUUUCCCCAUGGAAUUGUCUCACUAUGAACUAUUUAGGAUAUUUCCCCCAUUGACAGUUUUCCAUAAAAUGCCACUUUAAAUUGCUAGCAUACAUUUUCAUUUAACAAAAAUGAAAUAUCCUUUAAUCUCAAUUCUGCUUCUCUGCCUGCAGGAAGAAUGUGUGACACGAUACAAGUUGCUGGUUGAACUCAUACAAAAGAAAAAAAUGGCAAAGAGCUGAAUGAACAUUCUCAAGAACUUUGCUUACUGAAAAUGGAGAUAUUUUAAACAACAUAUGCAGUAACUUGUAUUUUUGUACCUCAGUAUUUCAGUAUGUCAUGUGCCUUAGUAAAAAAUAAAUGAAUACAUUUUAUGCCUUCCUUUAAAACUUGUGCUUAUAAGAUCAAUGGAUUUUUUUUGCCAAAAAAAAUAAGUAUGUAAGAACCGAUUACUUAAAACACCCUAAAAUCUGUAGUCCAAAAUCUCUACAGGGCGGGAUGAUCAACAUGGCACCCUCAAGCUGUUGUGGGACUUAAAGUCACAAUAGUCAAGUUUGGUGAGAGCUGUGGUUCAGCAAUAUCUAGAGGGUGGCAGGUUGAGGGGUUAAUAGAACAUUUAGUGAAUAUUGCUAUUUUUAGAGUGUGCUGCAUGGGCUCCUACCAGAUACAGCAAAUCAGGCGUAGCUGGAACUUCAGAUGCUGACUUUAAAACAUGACUUCUCAUUCACACACAUAACGAUGUGUGUAAUACAAUCGAAUGAUAAGCACAUCAUCAAAAAACAAAACUGCAGUUGGAAGAAAUAAGUUGGGUUAUGUUUUACAACCAUAAACAAUAUUAAAAUUUAUUAACCAAAGCUUU